UUCUUCAACAACGGAUUGGAAUCGGAACAAAUGAAUGACUUAAAGCUCGGCUGAAAUGUGAUGUGUCUGCCUGAUGAAGGCAUGCCAUAUAUAAACGAGCAUAAGAAUAAUUAUAUUGUGUGGAGAAGUGGAAUCUUGAAUUUGUCCGAAAACUAAUUAGAAUUUUGUCCAAGGUUAUUAUUUUGGGCAUACGAAUAAAUUCGUGUUUUUUUCCACUAACGAGAGAAAUACAAACGACGCGUGUGAAGUGUGGGACAAAACUCGACGUCGUAUGUGUGUGUGUGUGUGUUGUUGGUGUGUCAUAAAAGACCGAAAAAUCUAAAAUCCAAAAAAGCUUUUCCUGCACCGGUGAUUAAAUUAGUAGUGCUGGCUUUUAGUAAAUUAAAAUUGAAUUACGAGCAAAGGGCGUAAAGCGAAGGCCGCUCGGGGGUUGUUCUGAGCUGCGGAAAACUCCACACUCCGUGGAAAAGUCAUCGUAUAUUGUUGUUGUUGUUGUCGUUGCGUGAGAAAAAUCAAUUUUGCACUUAAGCUGCCAAAGAGAAGCAGGACAAAAAGGCAAGAGUAACAACGCACUCAAACGAACCUAAUGACAUUUUGCCAUAAGCAGAAUCAAAUUAUAAAACCGAUGCUAUCAUGGCUGAUAGCACAGAACCAGGCAGGCAUAAGGAUCCAACCAUAGAUGCCGGCGGUAGUCAAAGCGCUUCGGCAGAUGGUGGAAUCCAAGGAGUUGGUGCCGAUGUCGGCAUCGGCGUCGACGUGCCCCCAAUACCAGCUGUUCGACGACGACAUGCGCAUGAGCAGAAAACCGUUGAGAAUGUAGAGGAAGGACAGGAAAGCAAACAGCUGGAGACAUCCACGGUGACGCGUACGUACAUGAAGACCAUUACCACGUCACUGACCACCUCCAGUGAACACUUGGAGACGCCACCGCAACGUCUACGCCAAAAGGUUGCCCAAUAUGAGAAGGUCUGGUCCGAUGGCGCCGCCAAACGUCCGGCCGAGCAAUGCGCCGAUGAACUGCGUCAGGAGCAGGCCGACGAUUACGAUGAGGAGAAUCCCUUUGAUAUUGAUGUGCACGAGAUCGAGCGACGUCUGCGAGAGGAGCGACAACGCGGCUUAGCCGAGGCGGAGGCAGCAAAGCUGGCUUUUCAGCAGGUUCAUCUACGGCAUACACCGCAGACGACACCACGCCGUGUGGAGGUGACCAGCGAACAGACGCCGAGUCCGUUCAAUGUGACACUGAAGACCACCAGCAAGCUGAGUCCCGGCGUGGAGCUGAGCAACGUUGAGGAUCAACUAUCGCCGUUCAAUGUAACGCUACGCACGACACGACGAACCACCGUAAAGAGCGACCGUCAAACGGAACUGGAGCGUUUUCUCGAUGGGGAACGUCUGGUGCGUGAGGUUCCAGCUGCUGAUGGAGUGCGUACAAUUAUCACCUCAUCCAUGACCAGAGAUGGUGGCUACACCGAGGAGAAGAUUUAUCGUCAUGGCGAGGGUUAUGUCUCACCAAGAGAUUCCCCCUCCUGGUCACGUUCCAGUUUGUCCAGCGAACGUUCAAGUGUUACAUCUCCGCACAGCGUUGAUAUGACGGCUGGCGGAAGACGUAUACUCAUCAAGCUGGAGGAUGACGUGGAAACAAUGAGCGGUAGGUGUGAACAUGAGCGACAUCACGAUGAAACUGAUGGUUCUGUGCGCGCACGCAUACGACAAUUUGGUGGGCAGGACAAUGAUGAUGCUAUGGCAACGGCAACGACAACGGGUAACAUUGACAUUACCGUGGGUAGCAACCCCCGCAGGCGGCGUUUGUACCAACAAACAACGUUGCAAGUGGGUGGCAACGAGACGCCACAACAACAGCAACAACCACGACAGGAACAGGAACAACAACAACAGCAACAGCAACAGCAACAGCAACAACAACCGAAGCAACGUCCAAGCGAACUGUCAUGGCAAACGGGUAAAUCAACAACAAAGACAAUGCUAACAUCCACGCCGAUUGGCACGAAGGAGCAACCGCAAACAGCAACGCCGGACGAAAUUGUAUUUAGUCCAGCUGCAACGUGCCAAUUGCGCGGUUCUUCAACGGAAGAAUCCCGGAAAAUUGUAAGCCACAAAACGAUAACCACCAGCAAAACGACAACAUCCAAAUCCUCAACCAAAUCGCAAACGUCUCGUAAAUCCGUCGGUUUCGGUUCGAUUAACAAUCCUUCAACCUCAUCCGAUAUUUCGUUUACUGCAACGCGUAUUUGCAUUGUCGAUGACGGCAACGAUAACGAUAACGCGGACGUCAUCGAUAACGAUUCCGAUACGGAGGGUGUGCCGGCUAGCAGUCUUGUGAUUGUAUCGACACCAACGCGUUCCACAACACCCACAACAGCAACAGCAACAACGCCCUGUACACCGCAUGCAUUAAGCGGCAUUGGCACUUUUAGCAAGAGUCUGCGCCAGGAUUAUCAGACUCAAGCAACACAAAGUAGCAGGGGCAACGAACACGAACACGAAUACCAGGAAUUCCAAUCCACAAUGGCUUCGAUCAAUUUCCAACGAAGUAAUUCCCAGUACGAUAGCCACAUCAAGGAGAAACGAGAGGAGCAAGAACGUGUGCAGAAGAAGACAUUCACUAAUUGGAUUAAUUCAUACCUAUUGAAGCGUGUUCCACCGCUUCGUAUUGAUGAUUUAAUCAACGAUUUACGUGAUGGCACGAAACUGAUCGCGUUGCUCGAAGUUUUGUCCGGUGAACGUUUGCCCGUGGAGAAGGGCCGUGUUCUGAGACGUCCACAUUUCCUUAGCAAUGCCAAUACAGCUCUACAAUUUUUAGCCAGCAAACGAAUCAAAUUGGUCAAUAUUAAUCCCGCAGAUCUGGUGGAUGGGAGACCACCAGUUGUGUUGGGUCUGAUAUGGACAAUCAUAUUGUACUUCCAGAUCGAGGAGAAUAGCCGCAACCUAGAAUAUUUGGGUCAUGGUAUUGGCGGUUCGGUUAGCUCACUCGACAGUGUUGGCAAUCAUAAGGCUGGUGGUGAUCUACGGGCUGAGAAAUGGAAGCAAGGUGCCAAGAAAACGCUACUCAAUUGGGUAACAAAUGCCUUGCCAAAAGACAGUGGUGUGGAGGUUAAAGAUUUUGGCGCUAGCUGGAGAGAUGGCGUCGCUUUCCUCGCACUCAUUGAUGCAAUUAAAGCGAAUCUGGUUAAUUUAGCUGAGCUAAAGAAGACCAGCAAUCGUCAGCGUUUGGAGACAGCUUUCGAUGUGGCCGAAAGCAAAUUGGGUAUUGCCAAACUUUUAGACGCUGAGGAUGUGGAUGUACCGAAACCGGAUGAAAAGAGCAUAAUGACAUAUGUGGCACAAUUCUUGCACAAGUAUCCUGAACCAAAGGGUGCAACUCGCGACGAAUCGCAUGUGCAACAAGAAGUGGACGAAUUACGUCGUUUCCUCGUGGAAAAGACCAAUGAAUAUGAGCCAAUGGUUAGAAUGAAUUCGUUUCCACGUGAUUUUAGUGAAUAUCUUUUGGCACGUUCUGAAGUCGAUGCACAUUUGUCUGCUUACAACCGUCUGAAGCAAUUGAUUGAGACUCAGAGCGGUUUUCUGCAGGUCUCACGUCAAUCGUGGGAUGAGAUUAAUGAACUGUGGCAGCGCCUUCAGUACCAGAUGAUGUACUGGCUCUGGCUAUUGGACGCCGAUCUGCCCGGUGAGUUUGGCAUUGUGGGCAAAUGGUUGGCCGAGGCCGAAAAACUGCUCAUGGAUAAUGAUAUACCCAAUGCAAUGAAUGAAGAUACAGCUGCUGUGAUCAGCAGAAAACUAGAGGAGCAUAAACUUUUCUUUGCCGAUCUGCCACGUAUUUUGGCCAUGUUUGACAAUGCCAAACGUUCACCGUUGGCCCAACAGUUGCCCUUGGAGCAAUUACGCAACAUGGAACGACGCUUACAAGAGGUUGGACCUAAAGCCGCUGAACGUAGAAUUCGUUUGAAAUUCCUCGAACAUAAGUGCUGUCUGAUUGCCUUCUUAAAUCUGGUUGAGAACAAAAUGCGGGGCUGGACUGGAAAGUAUGGACAGGAGGAAAAGGUUGCCCAACAGUUGGAACAAUACAAGAACUUUGUGUCGCGCAACAAGAUCUUCCAGGAGUUCCAGAAGGCUUUCGUUGAUAUGCAACAGGUUGUAGAUGAGUACAAGCGCGAGGGAAAUGUUGCACGCAAGGACAUCAAUGAAAUUGAUCGGUUCAUGUAUGAAACUGAGGAGCGUUGGAAGCGUGUCUCCAUGGAGUUGAAGUGCUGCCAAAACUCACUCGAAGAAGUCGUCAAUUGUUGGCGCAAUUGGAAUCAACUCGCACCCAACUGUGAGGAAUGGUUGCUGUUGGCCGAACAGAAGUUGAAUCAAAGCGAAGACGAUCGUUUGGAGUUCUUCCAAGAUAUCACCGUGUGGAAGGAUAAAUUCGAUGCCUUGGCCAAUGCUGCAAAUUAUCUAAUUGCAUCCUGUGAAGAACCCAUUGCCCAACAAUUGCGACAACGUCAUGGCUCUCUUGCUGAACGCUUUGAGCGCCUUUUUGCCAAUACAAAACAAUAUAUGCAUGCUGGAGACAUAAUACGUUCUCGUCAGGAAUACAAAUCUGGCAUUGAGAAGCUCUCCAAGUGGUUGCGAGGAGCUGAGAGCGUCCUGGAUCAACGUCAGGUGCUGGGCAACAGCGAACAGAUUCGUCGUUAUGGUGAACAAUUACAGCAAUUGGCCAGCGAAAUCGAUGACAAUGAGGAACUCUUCAAGAACAUCAGCCGCACCUUCCAAUCGCUUAUACAGGAUUUGUCCCGCGAUGAGGUGGACAAGAUGAUGAAGCUGCUGAAGCAGGAGAAGGAAUCGCUGGUGCGCAUUCGUGCCCAACUUCCAGCAAAGUUGCACUUAUUCCAUCAGCUGCAGAUACAACAGGAAUCCCUUGAGGCUGGCCAGAAGGAGAUCCAUCAAUGGUUGAGUGAAGCCGAACAACUUCUAGGCACACACAAUCUCUCUGGCGGUCGGGAAGCUCUCAACGAGCAACUGCACAAGCAUAAGACUUACUUCUCACGAACUGUAUACUAUCGUUCCAUGCUGGAGAGCAAGAACAAGGUGUUCCAGAGUCUUGUUAAGGCUGUGGCAGCUGAUGAUAAGAUCGACACAGCUCCGGCUGCUCAGCAAAUGCAGCAACUAAAUGAACGCUUCAAUUAUGUUAUACAGAAUGCCGGAAAAUGGGAGCAGAGAUUAAACGAUGCUGCAGGAGGUUGGAGUAACUUCAAGGAAAAUGAACAAGUCGUCACGGAAUGGUUAACACAAGCCGAGUCCAUGCUUGUGGAGAAGCACAUUGAGUCGAAGACAACAAUUGAAACACAGAAAUAUUUCUUUGAUCAAGUCAAUGAUCGUUGGAUGAACGAUCUCGUGCAAUCCGCACAACAACUGAUUUCAACGCUUCCUGCACAGGAACAACCAGCUGUGGUUCAGAGCGUAGAACAUUUGCAAUCUCGCUGGAAGAAUGUACUUUGCCAGGCGCCUCUACAUCUUCUCAAACUAGAGUUCCGUUUGGAUGAGAAUGCAUUCUAUCAAUCCCUAAAAGAUGUCGAAAAAGAGCUGCAAUUGGAGCAGCAAGCUCUGAAUCGCAAUGAAGAUGUCGAUUCCAUCCUGCAACGCAAUCAACAGUUCCUGCUGCAACAGGAUGCCGUGCCACGUUUGGAGCGUUGCCUGCAGAACAUGCAACGUCUCGCCCAAGCGCAUAGACAACAUCAACCAGGAGAUAUUAGCCUGGAUCAAUCCUACGAUAAUGCCAAGGCUCAGUGGGAGUUGAUGUCCAGCAAAUUGUCCGAUAUGCGACAGACUCUGCAACAAAUUCCCGCACAAUGGCAGGGCUAUCAUCUGAAGUUCAAUGAAAUGAUCAAUUGGAUGAACAGCGUGGAUCAGAGCCUUAAGAAUAUUGUUAAUGAGGUCAACACCAUGGAGGAGUUUGAAAAGGAGAAGGUUGUUUUCCAGAAAAUCUGCCAGGAUGCAGAUAACAAACGUGAGGACAUGAAAUGGUUGGUCAAAACGUUGGAUUCCCUGCUCAGCUAUACAACCGAAGAUGAGGCGAAUUUGGAGCAGAAGAAACUGGAAGAUUUAAUUGCACGCUACAAGAAUCUGAUACCCACAAUUGAGAUUACAAUGGUCAAGACGGAAGUAUUCUCCAAGUGCUACACAUAUCGUCGUGAGGUGCACGAAGUUGUUUGCCUGUUGACCAAGGUUAAGGACCAGACAGCUAAUAUACCCGCUCCCGAUAGCUUGGAUAGAGUAAAUCGCCUGAUUGAGGAGCAACAAUAUGCCAUCAAUCAGCUUGAUCAUCAGCGGCCUCACAUCAUGUCGAUGCUACAACGUGGACGAGAUCUCAGCAAGGAUGUCCAUGCUCCUGCCUUUGUUAAUACCGAAGUGAAGAAUCUGGAGACAGGAUGGAAUCAGGCCUACACCGAGACCUCCGAUAAACUGCAGGCGUUGAAGGGAACUCAAGCGGUGUGGAGUGAGUUUGUUGAUCAGAAGAACGACAUUUUCUCCAUGCUGCAGACCGCAGAGACAGAGCUGAGGGCCCUAACACCACUUCAAACUGAUCCGAAGAAUGUUAGCCAAGAUCUGAAGUCGAAGCGUGAUUUAAAUGUGCAACUGCAACAGGCAUCGCAUCAAUUGUUGCCCAAGUUGCAUGCCUUGAAGUCGGAAUUGGCGCCACUUGCCGCCGCUGAUAAGCGUCCCAUACUGGAGAAGGAAGUUACCGAAGUGGAGAAGAUGUUCUUCAACACAAUGGAGCAUGUGAAGGAUCGUGUGGGUUACUUGGAAGACUACAGUGCCAAGUGGAACAACUACAAGACGCGUCUGGCCGAGCUGCAGGAAUGGGCCAAUAAAGUGGCGCCCAAGAACAUUGAAGCCUUGCAGUCGGAGGAUCUGACGCCGGAGGAGCGUGUGGUCAAGGUGCAAUCCUUUAAGCGUGUGCUGGGUGAACGCAUGAAGCAAUUGGAUUUGUUGGCCGCUGAUGCAUCAGAGUUGGCUCCCAAGGAGGGCAACGUUGCCGAAGCGAAGCGUUUGAAGGGUGAAAUCUCGAAAUUGCAAGAGGUUCUCAGUGCCAUCAAUCGCAAUGUGGAUCAUCAAUCGCAGGCCGUGCAGGAGGAUCUGGUGAAUUGGCAACAAUUCCAGGCUGGAUUGCAACAGAUCAAGCCGGCGGUGGAGCAAAGUGAAGUCAAGGUAAAUAACAUAGUUCCUAAGCCGAUUACACUUGAUGAAGCCGUUGCCAUGCAACAAAAUGCCAAACAAUUUGAAACACAAUGCCUGGAGCAGUUGGACAAACUCCAUGGCAUAUCAAACAUCAGUCAUAAAAUGUUAUGCAAAACCAAUGCCCCCGAUGAAUUAGAUGCCAUGCACUCCCGUUGGACGGCAGUCCAUGAAAAUGCAAAACAGGCGAGCGCUAAGCUCGAGAAACUCGUUGCCAAUUGGCAAUCAUUUGAUGCGGAUACUGCCAAAUUGGAGGAUUGGAUAUGUCAGGGUGAAAAGUUGAUGGGUAAGCGUCCAGCUGUUCUAAAUACACCGCACAUUGAUAAGCUCGAAAAGGAGCUGGUCAAGUUGAAGUCCUUCAACAAUGAGAUAUCACAGCAACAGGCUAAACUUGUUGCACUUGGCCAAAAUGCCGAUCAAAUUAGUUUGCAUCUGGCGCCAGAGGGCGCUGCAGCUGUUAAGGAUCGCGUCAACGCGAUGAAGGCAAAACUGCAAAAACUUUCCGAGGCAACGCGUGGAAAUAUCAACGAAGUCUCCGAUGCCAUAAUUUCACGUCAAGAUUUCAAUGCCAAACUGGUUAACUUCUCCAAUUGGAUGGAACAGUUGCGUAAUCAGGUGACUCAAGUGGAGGAAAUCAAUCCAGAACGCGUGGAGACAAGUCUACAUGUGAUACAUGCUCUGCUCCAAGAACAUGCCGAUAAGAAGCCCAGUUUUAAUGCCAUCUACGAUGAGGUGAAGCAACUUGCUCUUGGUGCUACUCCAGAGGAAUCGAAUGCUCUCAAUGAUGCCUACACUGCUCUCGUGGUCAACUAUCAGAAUCUUGAGUCCAAUAUGCUGCAAAAGAAGGCCGCUCUCGAGAAGUGGACGGAGCUCUUGGGCUGGAAACAUGACACUGAAUCCCAUUUGAAUUAUUUGAAGCAUCAGCUGGACAAACCCGAGGGUCCUGCAGUUGAAGAACUCAAGAAGGUUGUCGAUGAAAUCGAUCAUUUGGGUCAAGGACUAAGUUAUUGGAAGGAUCAAGCCAAGCAGAUUGACGAGAAUCCAGCUAUACAAUUGAGAGAUGCACUUUCUCGCCGUCCCUUGAUUGCCACGCAGAUUGUCAACGAUGUGGAGAACAAGCUGGAGAAUCUCAAGAUGCGUUCACAGAAUCAGCAACAACAAUUGCAACAGAUGACGGUGCGCAAGGAUAAAUUCCAUGCACUGGAGCACAAUUUCGGACAGGCACUGCAGGAGAAUCGUGCCAAGCUCGAGGAGAUCUUAAAACAACAUCCCACUCUAAAUAAUAUUGAUCAGAUUAUUGCCGAUCUUGUAGCUCUCAAUGAUGCCCUCAAGUAUCAAGCGGAUCUUAAGGAUCGCAUUCAUGACGAGGGAUCUCUGUUGAUGAGGGAAGAUAUUGCCAGCAUGCCGGCCAUACAGGAGAGUCUUCUGAUUCUCGAUAAAAACUACGAUUCUUUGCAAAAUGAGAUCGCCGAUCGCAUACAGAAAUACAAUCUCAUUAGUCAGGCUUUGAGAGAGUAUGCCGAGUCUAAGGACAAGUUCUCAAAGGAGUUGAAAAAGGCCGAGGAUCUGUUUAAUGCCAUACCACAACAGCCUGGCGACGAAACUGAACUUCAUCAGGCUUCCGAGAAGACACGCAAGACCAUGGAGCAAUUGCGCAAGUCCAAGAUGAAUCUCGAUGAGCUCGAUCGUCGUGGCAACAAUGUCUGUAAAUUGUUUAGUGCGAUUGGAGAAGCUGUGCCACAAGAGGUGCCCCAGGAAGUUGCCACAGCAAAGCAGCAUUGGCAGGAUCUUCAUGAUAAGACAGCCAAAAAUGCGCAUAUUUAUGAAACGGAAGCUGUCAUUUGGUCGCAGAUUGAGGAUGCCAAAAAGGAUCUGCUACCUUGGUUAUCGGAAACGAAUCAAGGACUCUGCGAUGCUGCCGAUAAUUCGAUUGAAAUUGAAUUCGGGCCAAUGCGUUUGAGCAAAUAUCGCACCGAAUUGCCUUCCUAUCAGGCACUUAAGGAUACAAUCACAGAGAAGACCAACGAUCUGAUGAAGAUCAACAAUGGAGCGGAGAUUCCUGCUCUAGCUGCACUUAAUCAGCUACUCUCUGAGCAAUUUGCUGAGGUUAGCAAUAAUGCAGAGAGAUUAAGUGCAGUUACAACCUCAUUUAACGAUCAAGAACAAGAGUUAAGAAGACGCACAAAGAUCGCAGGGGAAAAUGUGAGCAAAUCACGUGAGCAACUUAUCAAAUGUGAUGACAUGUCCGGCGAUAAUAACAAGAUCAUGGAACGUUUGCUUCAAUGUCGCGUUCUUCGUGCUCAAUUGGAACACAGUGGCAAUGAAAUUGAAAAUAUCAAACAAAAUGUCGAUGAAUUGCGUAAUCUUUAUCCCACAUUCAAUGAGUCCAUCAUACCCAAGGAGUUGAAUAAUGUGCAAAAACGCUACGAGGGCGUCGAUCUCUAUGCCAAAAAGAUCGAGAGUUCCUUGUUGCAGUUCCUCAAGAAAUUCCAUGCAGAUAAGGUGGGCAUGUUAAAGCGUCUCAUUACGACACAGCGUGAAAAGGUGGCGUGGUGUCAACCUGAAUCAUCCAGCGAUAAAUACAACUUGGAUGUGAAGAAAUCAUCGCUGCAGGAAGUCAGCAAGAGCAUCGAUGAUUGCAAGUUGCGUCAUGCGGAAACAUUGAAAUCUCUGGAAAUGUUAAAAGCUGUGGAAUCGCCACAAAAUCUCGCCGAGCUGACAAACGAUGCUGAGUUGAUGGAUAAGGAAAUGAAGGCGCUGCAGGAGAGCUUUGAUCGCAUUAAGGGUAUCCUAGAUGAGAAUGUUGAUCUCUGGUCUCAGUACGAGCAAUCAAAUGAGCAGAUAUCGAAUUGGUUAAGAGAUGUUGAAGGUCGUGUUAAAGCAGAGACAAGUGGUCAGGUAAAUCUACCUGAGGUGCCACAGAAGUUACAGGAAUUAGCCGUACUCCAACAGGAUGUGAUCUCCCAUGAGCCCAUCAUCAACAGCUUGGAACAGACUUCCCAACAGUUGAUUGAAAAGAAUCCGGAGGCGCGUAUUGGACAAUUUGUUACACAUCUCGUCCAGCGUUAUCAAACAGUUGCCAAGAGUCUGGCAUCCCAUAUUGAUAAAAUACGUGGCGCACAAAUGUCGAAUGCCAACUUUGCAAAGGCAUCGAAGGACUUUAAUGAAUGGUUCGGUGAUGCCAAGAUUGACUUCCAGGAAUUGGCACGCAUGGGCUCUCCAGGUUCAUCUUCGGCAACGGCACAGCAAUUGCAGACUAUAAAGAACUAUCUCAAAACCUUUGAUAAUGGUCAACUUUUGCUUAACAAUGCCGUCGAUAUUGGAGAGGCUCUCUAUCCUGUGGUUUCUCCCGAGAAUCGUGAAAAGAUACGCGCGGAACUGCGACAAAUGAGGGAGAAAUAUGAUUACUUGAGGGAUGAGGCAAAUGCAUUGAUGCAACAGGUUGAAGGAGUCCUCAUCCAAAAGACUUCCAUUGAGGAGAGUUAUACUCAGGUCUCUCAUUAUCUGAAUGAAUCCAAGGCCAAGGUGACAGCAGGCGAUGAACUCUAUCCCACUUUGGCGACCAAGAAGGCAGCUCUACAGAACUAUAAAACUCAGUUGCAAGAAAUUACUCUGCACAAGAAUGCUCUAAAACAAUUACACGACAAGGCUGUAACCCUCUGCGAUGAUGAGUCGGAGCGUAAGACGGAUGAAUCCAUUCAGGAAUACAAUACACUCUCGAAGAAGAUUUCCGAUCGCAUUCAAACUGUGAGCAAUCAUGUUGUCAAACAUGAAGCUUAUGAUCAAGUGUUGGAGAAGGCACAAGAUUGGUUAAACACCAUCAAAUCGGAAGCGAUUGAUAUCUUGAAUGAGACUACGUUCGAGAAGGAAGGAGCCGAGGAGAAACUGAUUGUUGUGGAGAAUCUAUUGCAGCACAAACCAGAAGGAGAUUCCAUCUUUGAGACUUGCCACAAGCUGCUGGAAACGGUGCUUACACAAACCCAUCCCAAUGGUCAUCCGGCUUUACUUAAAGGUUUCGAGGAGCCCAAGCAGGCGUGGGAGGAAUUUAUGUCGCUGUGCCAGGAUUCGUUAGUGAAACUCAAGCAACUCUGCUCGAAAUGGGAUGAAUUCGAUUCAAUUAUUGAGGAGCUCGAUAAUUGGAUGAAGAACGUUGAAGCUGUGGUUAAGAAUCAGAACCUUAAGAGCACAGCUGAAGCAAAGAGCGCUCAUCUCAAGCAACUUCAAGAGAAUGCCAAGGACAUUGAUAGGAGAGGCACCGCUAUCAACGAGCUCAUGGAUCAAGGUCGUGAAAUUGAGGGAGAAACUGAUUUGAAUCUCAAACUGUCACGUCUUAACACACGCUAUCAGACCUUGAAGAAUCUGUGCAAGGAAUCGAUUGCCAAGUAUACAAACUACGUCAAGGAUCACGAUAGUUUUGACAAUGACUUUGAAAAGUUCAAGGAGAAUCUACAAACCAGUGUCAAUGAGUUGGCCAAGGCCAAUGAGAUUGUCGGCGAUCAAAAUGUGCUGCAAGAUCAACAGAAUAAAUUGCGUGAGAUGUCGGACAAAAGGAUUACGGACUCUACAAUCUUUGAAGGUCUCAUUGAUCGAGGCGAGAAGCUCUAUGGACACACAAGUCCCGAAGGCCGUGAGAUUAUAAGGCAACAGCUGAGAGCUCUGCGUACCAUGUGGGAUAAUUACACAGAUGAUCUCAAUUCGGCCACGCAUAAGAUCGAUCAGUGUUUGUUGCAGUUCAAUGAGUUUAGCAUUGCCCAGGAUCAGUUAACAAAAUGGUUAAAGGAUGUCGACAAGGCCAUGCAGAGUCACACCGAACCGAAGACUACUCUACAGGAGAAACGAGCUCAGCUGCAGAAUCACAAGCUGUUGCAUCAGGAAAUAACCACACACAAUGUCCUGGUUGAUAAUGUCUGCGAUAAGGCUCAGAUUUUGGUGGAUCAAAUCAAGGAUAACUCGUUGAAUGUCUAUCUACAAUCGAUAAAGCAAUUGUUCCAAAAUAUCGUACAGAAAUCCGAUGAGAUCCUUCACAAUCUUGAGAAUUGUGUGCAGAAGCAUAGUGAACUGAAUAAUGCCCUCAAUGGAGCCAAAACCUGGAUAUCGAAUGAGAAGGCAAAGCUACUGGAAUGCGACGAUGCUUAUGGUGAAAAGGCAGAUAUCAAGAGGAAGAUUGAGACCCUCGGACAGUUGGCCCAGAAUAAGCCGCAAGCCAUGAACCUCAUCGCAGAAAUUCGCUCCCAGUUUGACAAUGUGAAGCCGGCCACCUCGGAGAAGGGUAUUGAGGUGCUUGAGAAGGAAAUUGAUGAACUUGAGACGACCAUGAAGAGUCACUUCGAUGACAUCGAGGGAAUUGAGGGCAAACAAAAGGAUGUGCUUGCACAGUGGGACAAAUUUGAAAGUAAUCUCGAGGAACUUACAAAAUGGUGUCGCAAUGCCGAGGCCGUUUUCCGAGAUCAACAACUCAAGUCGACACUCCAUGAAAAGGUCGAGCAGAUGGACAAGUAUAAGAUACAACGUGAGCUCAUUAUGCAAAAGGAGAAGGAGAUCGAUGCUUUUGGAGAUAUGGCACAUGCGCUUUUAAACAACUGUGGAGCCGAUCGCCUAAAGACUUUGACAACACAAAUCACAACUCGUUAUCAAGUGCUGCAGGUGUUGAGCAAGGAAGUUGUUAAUCGUUGGUCGAAUCUCGUCGAUGAUCAUCAGUUCUAUCAGGAUAAAUACAACGAGGUUGACUUGUGGCUGCAACCAAUUGAAGCGCAAUUGGAGAAGGCUCUCAAGGAUGAAUCCCCCCAGAGCUCGAACAUCCUGCAGGUCCUGUUGUCCGAGAAGGAACAGGCGGAGAGUUUGUUUGGCUCCUUGAAUGCAGCUGGAGAAAAAGCAUUGCCAGACACUUCAACUCAGGGUAGAGAAAAGAUACGCAAGGAUCUGCGUGAUAUUCGCGAUCGUUGGGACAAGCUUGAUGAGGGCAUUCGCAAUCUGGAGAAACGGCAAGAAGCCCAGACAGUUCAACUCUCUAGUUAUCAGGAUAUUCUCGGACAAACGGUCAAUUGGUUGGAUCAGGUUGAAAAGCUGCUUCACAAUGAGAAUCCCGCCAGCUGGACAAGCGCACAGGAGAUACGCUCCAAGUUGUACAAAUAUAAGGCGACCAAUCAGGAUAUUAACUCCCAUAAAAGGAUUGUCGAGGCUGUGAAUGAGAAGGCUGCAACUCUGCUGACAAAUGCAGCUCCUGCAAAUGCUGAUGAGAUUGCCAAAUCUGUAGUUGAAGUUAAUAAACGCUAUGAACAAGUUGGCCAGGAUUGUGCCAAGUUGGUAGCCGAUUUGGAUGCCGCUUUCGAUGUCUAUCAACAGUUUAGUGAACUGCAAAAGGCACAACAGGAUUAUCAGAAGAAUCUCUGGGAUCGUCUAACUGGUUACUCCGAUUACUCCGGAAACAAGGCAGCACUCCAAGCGCGUCUGCAAAAGAUCAAUGAAAUCCAGGAUGCAUUGCCCGAAGGUGUCGCCAAAUUGAAAGCGCUCGAGGAACACAUUGAAAGCCAUACAAGAAAUAUUCCUGCACGUUCCAAGGAAGCCAUGACUCGGGAUUUGGCCAAUUUGCAUGCCGAUUUCGAAAAGUUCAGCGGUUCUUUGACGGAUGUCAAGAGCGGCCUGGAAAAUCGUUUGCAACAAUGGAAUGACUAUGAAGUCGACUUGGAUCGCUUGAUUAAUUGGCUGGGAGAAGCUGAGAAUGCGCUCAAGAACUACAAUCUGAAGUCAUCUUUCGAGGAGAAGGAGGAACAACUAAAUCGCUUCCAAUCUUUGACUCAAAAUCUGCGUCAGAACGAGGCAGACUUUGAAAAAAUGAAGGAUGAUACCUCGGAGUUGGUUCAGAGUUCCGGAGAGACAAGAAUCGCUGUCAAUGUGCAGCAAGUUUCUUCGCGUUUCCAAUCGAUACAAGCGACGGCCAAGGAGAUUCUCAAGAAGUGCGAGCAGGCUGUUCAGGAUCAUGGACAUUUCAAUGAGAAGUACAAACAAUGCUCCGAUUGGUUGGCCAAUGCUCAGGCACGUUACGACGACUGCAGUGAUCUGUCCACGGUGGCAUCUCGUGAUGAUCUUCUCAAAAAGCAACUCGUUGUACAGGAACUGUUGGCCCAACAACCUACAGCAACUCAGCUUUUGAACAGCACUGUCGAGCUGGGUGAAAAGUGUUAUAGCUCCACGGCAACGGAUGGUCGCGAUGCAAUUCGCAGUCAAUUAGAUGAUUUGACCUUUGAUCAACUUUUUGACAACAUUGCCAGUACAGCACGUAAGAUUCAGGAUAAGAUUGCCAGAUGGUCUGGUUUCGAUGAAACCGCCGACAGUCUAAAAGCGUGGUUGGACAGUGUGGAACAAGAGCUGCCUGCAGAAAUUGAACUCAAGACAACGCUCGAUGAAAAGCGCAAUAAAUUGCAAGCUUAUCGCGAUAUUAUCAACGAUAUUAACAAUCAUCAAGUUGAGGUAGGAAAUCUGCAAGAAAUUGCUGCCAAUUUACCUGAAAAAACUGAGCAUGUUGAUCGGAUUAUCAAGGAUAUCACCGAUCGCUUUGGCAAACUGCAAAAACGAGCCCAGGGCUACGUCGAACGCUACGAGGGCAUCGUAAGUGCUCAUCAACAAUACUCUAAGGCUGUCAUGGAUGCCCAGGAGUUCAUUGAUGCUACAAUGAAUACUGUACAUUAUUGGGGAGAUCUGGACUUGGAGCAGACAUCUCUUCACACAAAUCUUGAUCGUCUGAAGAAUUUGAAGGCAAGUUUGGCCGAUGAAUUUCCACGAGUGGAUCAAGUUCGGGCGUUGGGUGAGAAGGUUAUACCCGGCACUGUGGAUGUGGGACAAGUGAAUAUCAAGUCCCAAAUUGACACUACACAGCAGGAAUGGGAAGGUCUCCUGGCGGCCAUCAGUUCCACCAUUGAAGCUAUCGAGGCACGACUCCAACAAUGGGCGGAGUAUGAGCAAUUGAGGGAUCAAUGUUUGGCUUGGAUUCGUGAUACGGAUAACGAUCUGCAUGCCAUUGAUCUGAAGGAAGAUCUGUCCAAGAAACGUGCCCAAUUGGAUGCCCUGAAGGCCCUGCAAGGUGAGGUCCGUGCCAAGGAAUUGGAAGUGGAUAAUGUCACUGAGAAAGCACAAACUCUUCUAAAGGGAGCCACAACAACGAGAGCAUCGGGUCCUGAAUUGGUUACCAAAUAUCAACAGAUCUUCCACAAGGUCAAGGAUUUGAACAAUCGCUGGCAACAGUAUGUGACGUCACAUGAGGACUUUGAUAAUUCCAUCUCGGAGUGUGCUUCAUGGAUAAACAGCAUUAAGGAAAAGUUGGAUUACUGCUCCGACAUGUCUUCGAUGAGUCAAAAGGAACUGGACAAAAAGUUGGCUACAAUUCAAGAUGUUAUUCUGCUCAAGGACGAAGGUUCAGCUCGUGUGCUUAAGAUCUUGGAGCAGGCUCAACAUGUGCUGGCCAAUACUGCUCCAGCAGGCCACGAGGCCAUCAACAAGGAGUUGUCAGAGCUGCAGGACCUUUGGUCUGGCAUUGCAUUACGUAUCAUGGAUGUAAAAGCGAAUCUGGAUGAUUCUAUUACACAAUGGUCUGGCUUCUUGGAUCAAGUGCAAAAUGUGCGCAAAUUCAACGAAUGGUUGGAUACUAUACUCAAGGAAUUAGGUGAACAUCAAACUACGAUGACGGAGAAACGUGCACAGCUUGAUCGUGUUAAGUCCACGGAAGAGAAAGUGCGUGUGGAGAAGAUCGAUGUGGAUUCAUUGAAGAUUCAGGCUAAGGAAAUGAUUGCCAGCGGUCAACAGAGUCAGGCUGCUUUCCAGGCCCAAAAAGUGCUGGACAACUUUGAUGAGCUCUUUGGAAAGACACAGAAAUUGCUGUCCGAUCGUCAGGAUCAGUAUAGAGAUCAUCGGCUGUUCAAGGAGGCCUACGAUGAUCUUGUCAGCUGGAUAAGUCGUGCCCGGGAGAAAUUCCCUGCACUGAAACAGAGCAGUCUAAGCGACAAAUUGGCCAUUGAGAAUGCCGUGCAGGCAACGGAAGCGUUGCUCAAUAAACAGGCACAGGGUGAGCUUCUGGUGGAGCAUUUGGUGCACACGGGCGAAGUUGUUCUGGCAAGUACGUCGAAUCAGGGUCAAGAGAUCAUUCGCAAUGAUAUACGCGCUUUGCGUGAUAGCUUCGAAAGUUUGUUCCGCGAGAUCAAUCAGCAGAAAGAAAACUUGGAAGUUACCAUGGUGCAAUGGCGUGCAUAUAAAGAGGAGUAUGAACGUCUCAUGGAAUGGCUACAACAGAUCGAUAUACUUGUCAAGAACCACAAACUCAACCUCUGUCCCAACCUGCCCGACAAGGAGAAACAAGUUGCCGAUAUGCGUGAGGUUAUGUCGCGUCUGGAGAAAGGAAAGGAUGACAUUGACAAGUUUAAUGCCUCUGCGGCUGGAUUAUUAAAAUCUCAUCUCGACAGCUAUGUCAACAAUCAGCUUAGACACUUGGGUUCCAUGUACCAAGUGCAGGUUAAUCUCGGCAAGGAUGUCCUCAAAAAGGUCGAAACGAACCGUGAUCAGCAUCGUGAAUACGAUGCCAACAUGAAGUCGGCUAAGGAAUGGAUUGCCAAUGCCAAGCAAACUAUUCAAUCAGCCGGAGAAGGAGCCGGUUCCAAAGAGGCCUUACAACGUCGCUUGGAGCAUAUCCAGGACUUGAUACGCAAUCGUGAGCUGGGUCAAAAUCUUGUACAUACUGCCAUCAACAACGGAGAGAAGAUCAUUAGGAAUACACGCUCCGAUGGACGCGAUGCCAUCAACAAUGAAAUGAAGGAGCUGCAAACUGACUGGGAUCGUUUGGUCAAAAAAAUGUCAACAGCAAAGGUUCAACUCGAAACGAAUCUGCUUCAAUGGGCCGACUACAGUUCCAGUUAUUCCCAACUCCAGAAAUGGAUCACAGACAGGGAGGCGAAGCUCCAACAGGCUUGUGAGCAGAAGAUCAUUAAGUCGCAACGUGGUCAACCUGGUCUUAGCAGUGGCCUCAGUGAACGCAAGGCAAAUCUUCGACAGACCAACAAUAUGGUUCAGGACAUUGUCUCCUUUGAGCCGAUGAUACAGUCGGUUACAUCGAAGGCAUCGGACUUGCAACAGGGUGCACCUGCAACAGAAAUCUCCGAUAAGUAUGAGAAUUUAACGAAACAAGCCAAGGAUCUGUAUGCCAAGCAAAAGAAUACAAUUGAUAGUUAUCAGGCUUUGAUCGAUGCUGGCAAUGAUUUUGCCACCUGGUUGAGAAAUGCCAAGGAAAGGUUGAGCAAGUGUUCUGAACCAACAGGAGAUAAACAAGCUCUGGCAGAGAAAACACAUCAGUUGAAGAUUCUACAAGGAGAAGUUCCCGAAGGGGCGACAAAACUCCAAAAUGCCUUGGCUCAGGGAGAGAUCGCUUGUCGCACUGCAGAGCCUGAGGAUUGUGCGAUCAUUGAAGAAGAGGUUGCUCUACUUCAAGAGGAAUUCGAUGCCUAUGUCGAGGCUCUAAAUAAGGCCAAGGAUUAUCUGGAAGUGGGCAUUGUCAAGUGGUCUGACUACCAGGAUCAAUACACCGAAGCACUCGAAUGGUUGACCAAGACUGAAGCCUUGGUACAGUCCUACAACAAACUGCAGGAUAGCCUAACCCAAAAGAAGGUGGUGCUGGAACAAUUCCAAGGACAUCUACAAACACUCUUCGAUUGGCAAAAGACCUUGGAUCAUCUCAAUAUGAAAGCUCAAGUUUUGUUGGAAACCUGCUCCGAUACGAGAAUCAGCAAUGCCAUUAUGCAAUUGACCACCAAAUAUAAUGCCCUACUGACUUUGGCUAAGGAGGUUAUGAGACGUUUGGAGCUGCAUUACCAGGAGCAUCAACAGCAUCAUUCACUCUACGAGGAGUGUCAAUCGUGGAUAGAGAAUACCCGGGAGAAACUCGCGGAUUGCGAGCAGAUACCCGGCACUUUGAAUGAAGUGCAAAUCAAACUCAAUACGGUUAAGAAUCUACGUCAAGGUUUCGAAACUGGCCAAAACAAACUGCGCUAUUUGCUGGAACUCAAAGAGAAGGUCAUCAUGAAUACGGAACAGAAUGGUGCAGCAAAAAUACAAGAAGAUACGGAAGCCUUAAAACAGGACUUUGAUAAACUUCUCGUGGAUCUCAACGAGGUGCGUCAAAAGUUGGCCAACCGUUUAGCUCAGCUGGAAGAGAUCUUCAAGCUGUAUAAGAUUUUACUUGAAUGGCUGGAGGAUAUAGAACCAAGUGUCAAGGCUAGCGAAGAGUAUCUGAAUGAUUUGAGCGAGAAGCGUGCUGCUUUAGAGAAGUUCCGUGUUACGCAACGUGACAUCAAUGGACAUAACGAUAUUGUGGAGAAGAUCAAUGUCAGAUUGCGUGAAGAUAACAGCCUGGACAAGAAUGAUUUCCAGCCGGGACUAAGCAAAUUUGAAGUUCUGCAGGCUGAGGUAAACAAGAUCAUAGAGUCGCUGGAGAAUCAGGUCAACAAUCAUGAGAAGUACAAGCAUGCCUAUAAUGAACUUCAGGAUUGGUUGCGUCGCACACGCAUCGAGGUGGAACAAUGUGCCGAUUGUCAUGGCGAGAAGGAUCAAGUUGAGGAUCGUCUGAAUCGCCUUGGAGAAAUACAGGCAACUUCCAUGCAAGGAAAAUCUCUAUUAGACGCUUGCGAGGAACUCAGCCAGGCUGUGAUUGCCACCAGCGGAAACGAAGGUCAAGAUAAUGUUGCCCAGGAGAUCAAACAUUUGAAUGGCGAAUGGGAAACACUUCAAGCUUUAUCUCGAGAUGCACGCAGCGGUCUCGAAACGUGUCUGUCUGCCUGGCAGACUUUCUUGCAGAAAUUCAACAAGAUUCAUUUGUGGAUUGAGACAAUGAGCAAGCGCGUUGCCAAAUCUCACGAAGGCGAUAACAAAACCCCCGAAGAUUUGGUCAAUGCCAAGAAACUACUGGAUGAGGUCCUAGCUGAAAAGGAGAAUGUUGAGGAUUUGAAUGACAACUGUGAGCUAUUGAUGGAACAGAGCGCCUGCACUCGCAUUCGCGAUCAAACCAUUGAGACUCAGGCCAGUUAUACCAAAUUGUUGACAGCUGCUCAGGGUCUGGUUGCCAAGAUCGAAAAGAAUCUGUCGGAUCACACAGAGUUCCUUAACUAUAAGAAGGAAAUGGAUGCCUGGAUCGAGAAGGCUCAGCAAGUACUCCAGGAUUGCAGCAUCGAUGGUAAUGCCACGGUCAUUGCCCAGAAAUUGGAAACUGUCAAUUCUCUAUCCUCCCAUCUGCCUGAGGGUCAGCAUUUACUUGCUAUGGUCCAAGACGCCUACUCGAAGGCCUCCAAUAUUACACCCGAAGACAAGCAGGAGAGACUGCGUGAUCUGAUGACCAAAGUGCGUGAGGAUUGGGAUGCCUUGGGUCUGGCAGUUAAGCAGAAAUUGAGCGACUUAAAGCAAGCACAAAAUCGUUGGAACGACUUUGCUAUCAAUAAGGAGAAGCUUGAAAAAUGGCUCGUCGAAACGGAGAAGACCAUGAAAACGGCGCCAGAAACCAAGGGAGAGUUGAGUGAGAUGAAGACGCUUCUGGAGCGCUACAAGACGCUCUCCAAUGAGGUCAAACAGAAGGGCAAUGAUUUGGAGCAACUGAUGUCGGAGGCACGGGAUCUGGGCACCGAAGUGGAUGCCGUGAAUCGUCUUCAGUCACGUUGUGACAAGCUGAAGAACGAUUGUGCUGCAUAUAUUAAGGAUCUGGAACAAGAGAUGCUUGAUUAUAACGCAUAUCAUCAGAGUCUGCAGGAUGUUGAGAAAUGGCUUUUGCAAAUCUCCUUCCAACUGAUGGCACACAAUUCCCUCUUCAUUUCGAAUCGGGAACAGACCCAGGAGCAAAUCAAACAGCACGAGGCUCUUCUCAGCGAAAUCCAAAAGUAUCAGACUAAUUUGGAUGAUCUGAAUGCCAAAGGACAGGCCCAAAUUAAACGCUAUGAGUCCACAACUCCUGAGAUACGUCCAACCGUUGAGUCACAGCUGAAGAAUAUACAGGACAGCUACAACUCACUGCUGCAGACAUCAGUUCAGAUCAAGAAUCGUCUAUUGGAAUCGCUUGCCAAGUUCCAGGAGUACGAAGAUACUCUGGACAACAUCAUGCGCAAUCUGGAAGCUUACGAGCCAAUUAUACAAACGGAACUCGAUGCACCUGCCACCAGCUUAGAGUUGGCUCAGAAUCAACUCAAAUGCGCUCAGGACAUGCAACAUAAGUUGAACAAUGAAAAGUCUAGACUGGCAGCUGCAGUUCAGGCUUGUGAGGCAGCCACAGCAUCGAUAAGUCGUCCCAGUUCUCCACUGGAGACGGCCAUGCAUGCGAUUCCCGAACGUGAACUGAUGGUGCGCGCCAAGCUCGAAGAUCUGCUGGAUCAGCCAACGCCAAAUACUCAGAGCUCAACGAAAAAUGAUGGCAUUGAUGAUGAUGUCGAUGACGUUGAGCUCAGUGAAGUAAACGAGGCGUUAAUGGAUCCAAUUGCUCACGAGCGUAUUGCCAACUAUCGUCGCAUAGUACGCUUGAAUAGUGCACACGUGAGCAAGCUGCAUGCACUUGUCGCUAAGGUGCAAUCCCACUUGGGUGGUUUGACUGCAUCCGUUAGCGAGCUGGAGCAACAGCAGAAACAGCGCGCCGAGCUGCAGGAUUGGGUUAAGAAACAACAGAGCUCCGUCUCUGAUUGGUUAAUGCGUCCUUGCAAACUUCGCUCGGAGGCCGCACAACAAGAGCUGGUGUCCAUGAAUGAUUUACUCAAUUCAAUUGGAGACAAGCGUUCCCAGCUGAUGUUGGAGAUGACAGGCUCAUUGGGUGAUGAUGAUACAGAUUUGGAUGACAACAUUGAUAAACUUGAAUCAGAGCUGAUGGACGCCAUUGCCAAGAAGCAGGCGGGUCAGAAUGUCAUCGAUGGUUACCGUCAGGGCAUGCAGGAUGUGCAGAAUUGGUUCGAUACCUUGAUAAAGCGCAUGGAUGUCCUUGAUCGCGGCUCUGGCUUGAACUGUGCACAAAAGAUGGCAGCGAUUAAUGAGAUCAAGAACGAGUACGAACUGCAGGGACAUCCCAAGAUACAGGAGCUUAAGGGUAAAGCAGCUCAGGUGGCAGAAGUGAUUAGCAAUCUGGAUGGCCAACAGGUGGAAGAACAAAUGAAAUCGUUGGAUCGUCGUUUUGCUGAUCUCGGCAAGCGCAUCGAUCGCAAGGCCCAAUUGUUGGAUGUGACCAACAAGGGAGUCGAUGGAGCCAAGGGUGAAAUCGAGCAACUCCAAUUGUGGGUGAAGCAGCAAAUCGAUGAUCUGCAAUCACCUGCAGCACUUGGCUUCUCCCCCAAAGAUGCCGAGGCACGUCAGCAGAAGAUCAAGAGUUUGAUGAAAGAUGCAGAGGCAAAACAAUCACUGGCUGAUGUUUUAGAGAAGCGUAUUGCCAACAUGCAACCCGAGUUGGAAUCCGCAGAAUACGCACAAUUGGAGUCAGCAUUGCGUAAUCUGAACAGCGAGAAUCGCAAUUUAUCUGGCGUCCUUAAAGCAGAGUUGGAUAGAGCCUUGGAAGCCAGCAAAGCACGUAAAGCCUUGGAAAACGAUUUGGACAAGGCGCGUCAAUGGUUGAAAUCGAAGAUCUCUGAAGUGCGCAAGUUGCCCGUUUAUCAUCCAUUAACCUCCACGGAGAUUGAGAAGAAAAUUCAGGAGAACAAGAAAUACGAUGAUGAUGCCAAGCAAUUCAAUGACAGCGUUCUUAGUGAUGUUCAACGCCAGGCAGCCAAUAUUAUGAAGGAUUGCGGAGAUGCUGAUAAGGCGGCAUUGCAGAAAAUAUUGGAUGAAAUUGCAGCCGACUAUCAGACGCUGAAGGAUGAGAGCAGCAAACGUGGCAAGUCCUUGGAUGAUCUGUUGCAGGGACGUAAAGCCUUCGAGGAUUCAAUGAAGAAUAUGGGCGAUUGGUUGAAUGAAAUGGAAACCGCCACCGAAGGUGAAUUACGUACCACAAGUCUUCCUGUCCUCGAGGAACAGCUGGCGCAUUACAAGAAACUCUUGCAGAAUGCUGAUAAUAUGGGAGGACUUAUCAACGAUGUGUCCGAACAGGGCAAGAGCAUCUUGCCCACCUUAAGCAAUGCUGACAAACUGAAACUCAACGAUGAUAUUAAGAACAUGAAGGAUCGUUAUGGACGCAUCAAGCAAACGAUUAAUGAUCGUGCCAAUACAUUGGGGGAUCACAUCAAGAAAUACAAGGAUGCCAAGAAUCGUUUGGCCGAUUGCAGUCAAUUCCUUGGCACAAUCCAACAACGUUUGCGUGAACUAAACCGUCCCAUUGGCUCUAGGAUUGAGGAUGUGCAAGAUCUGUUGGGAUCCUAUGAGGCCAUACUGAAGGAACUCAAGGAUAGCAAGAAUAAAAUGGGUGACAUGCAAAUGGAUGAUCUGCCCGAGUUGCAGAGCAUUUUGACUCAACAGGAUGACAUGAUCAAGAUGAUUGAGGAUCAAUUGGCACAUCUCCGACAGCUGCUGCUUCUGCGUGAACAAUUCAUUGCUUUAAUCAAUGAAAUAAUUACCUUUAUAAUGAAGUACACCGAUGUUAUCAUCGACAUUGAGAACUCACCGGAUAGCCUGGAGGAUAAGAUUAACAAAUACGACAAUGUCAUUGUAAAGAUUCAAGAAUGCGAGGGUCUUUUGGCUUCAGCAAAUGAUAAAGGACAAAAGAUUGCCUCUGAGGGAAAUGCCGCCGAUAAGAAUAGCAUCACUGAGCAAUUGCAAUCCCUGAAGAAUCAAUUACAGAAUCUUCGCAAGGCUGUUGAAUCGCAACGUCAGAAGCAUCAAUUGCAGCUUGAAUCCCACAAGAAAAUGGCAGCCGAUUUGAGUGACAUUCUCGAUUGGUUGCACAACAACGAGGGAGCUGCCAAAUCACGUCCUUUGCUGGAUCGCGAUCCCGAGUCUGUGGAGCGUGAGCUGCAGAAACAUCAUGCUCUCAGCCAGGACAUUGAUGCCCAUUUGCAAAAGUUCAACAAAAUCAACGAUGGCGUCAAAACAGAAAUUGGUAUGCCAAGUUCAUUGCUGGAAAUGCUUUCCGAAGGUCGUUCCCUGGUUGCCUCACUGCCCCACGAAUUGGAGGAGCGCGAAAAGUACUUGAAAAACAAUCGGGAUUCACGUUUGGAGUACAUGCAACUCGUGGCCAAGUUCAAUGAUUGGGUGCACGAGGCUGAACUUCGUUUGCAGAAUAGCCAACAUGGCAUUGACUACGAACAUCUUGUGCACGAUCUUGAUGAGCACAAGAUCUUCUUUAGCAACGAGGCACCCAUCAGAAAUUUGGUUCACAAACAAAUUCAGGAUGCAUCCGACAAGAUUUGGUCCUCAUUAAACAACUACGAACAGUCUGAGCUGUCAGCCGAGUUGGCCCACUUCCAAACGAAAUUGGCCAACACUUUGGCCAAUGCUAAGACCCAACAAAGUGAGCUUGAGAAGGAAGCGGAACGUUGGCGUGAAUAUCAACAGUCCAUUGAUCGCGUCAAGGCCACAAUUGAACGUACCAAAUUUAGCGAUGAGCCUGUACAGAAUUUGGCCGGUCUGCACUUUAAUAUUCAGAAGCUGUCGCAUGCCAUUGGAAAUGUUCAGAGCCAAAACAGUGACCUUGCGCUAGUCAAUCAGCAGGCGCAAUCUCUGAUCCGCCAAGCCGACGCCCGCAAUCGACAGUUGAUUGAACAGGAUAACGCUAAUCUAAAUCGCAGCUGGCAGGAUCUAGUGCGCAGUCUGGAACAGAGACGUGACAAUUUGCAACAGUUGGCCGAACAUUGGGAUACAUUUGAGAAUAGCUUGCACGGCUGGGAGAAGGCAUUAGGACGUUUGGAAGAUAAGUUCCGCAAUGUCGACCCAACUGUAAGGUCCCGACGUCAUUUGGAAGAUACAAAGAAUGCCAUUCAGGAACUGCGUGAGGAAUCUAAUGAACUUAAAUCAUCACAUAAAGAAAUCGAGGCGCUCUCAAAAUCCAUCCUCACAUUCCUUGGGGAAGUACACAAACCCUCGGCGGAGGCCAUACAGGCCAAAGUGGAUAAGUUAGUUGAACAACAAUCAAAAUUGAACGAUACGUUACGCGAUAAGGACCAACAGGUUAGCAAGGAUCUCGAGGAGAUCGAGCAAGUGUUCCGCCGCAUCUCGCAGCUGCAGGAUAAGUUGAACGCAUUGCACGAUCAACUGCAAUCCGUACACGUCUACGACGAGCAUAUUGUCCAAACGGAACAAGCCCUAAUCACUCUUAAUAGCCAGGUGAAACAGGCCGCUGAGGAAAGUCGUGCGCUUAUAGCGCAAACGGAAGCGCAUUAUCAAACCAAACAGAACUUGUUGCCCAGUGAUAUUGGCCAAGAGUUUACCGCCCUCGAAUUGUUAGCGGAACGCGUCCAAGUGACCAUGGAGACCAAAGAGAAGGAUUUCAAACGUGCGAAGACCGUUCGCACCGAAUAUCUGGCCGGUGUCGAUGAGAUUCAACGUUGGCUCAUGCAGGCUGAGGUUCAGGUGCAGGAACGCACCUUGGAACCGACACAGAUGAAGGAGCUGCUGCAGCGUAUUAAUCAUGAGAUUGGCACCAUCUAUGAACGCUUCACCCUGGUCAAGACCAAUGGCCAGCUGAUCAUUGAAAAUAGUCGCAACAGCGAGGAGAAGACGCUGGUGCAGACAACAAUUGAUCAGUUGGCCGCUCAAUUGGCCCAGGUACGAGGCUGGUUGGAUGAAAAGAAACAGGCUGUGGGCGAUAGUUUGGAUGCCUGGACACGGUUCAUGAAUCUGUAUCAGAUUGUCAUGUCCUGGGUGGCCGAUAAGCGUACGUUCAUUGAUCAAACCAUUGAACUGCGCACUCUGCCUGAGGCAAGAAACAAGUUGAAUGAUUAUGCGGCGGCUGUUAAGAGUAUUAAACCGAUUGUGAAGCAUUUGAGCGAAAUGGACAAGGAACUGGAGCACAUUGGUCAAGUGACAACUGUGGGCGAUCUCAAGGACAAACUGCAGCAAGCCGAGGAUGCGAAGAUAGCCGUGGAAGCGGUGCUGCUGGAGAGGAACUCGCUGCUGCAGGAGGCCUGCGAAGAGUGGGAUCAAUGUGAACGCAAGAUCAAGGAUAUACGACAAUGGCAUGAGAAAACCAAACAAACAUUGGAAUCCUCGCCACAGCUUAAGAAACCACUGCGCGAUCAGCUGGGCUACUGUGAAAAGACUCUGGCCGAUAUUAACGUGCAAAAAACCAAACUAAGAUUAUCUAUUGAAAAACUGGAGGUACAUUUCCGCAAUGGCAUGGGUGGUGAUCCACGCCUCAGCGAGAAUGUUGAUGAUUUGGUGCGACUGCUCGAUGGACUUGGCGAUGUGGUUAAAGCCAAAUCGCAGAGUCUCGAGCAAACGUUGUCCCAAAUCGAUGUGUAUCAACAACAAAUGCAAACGCUACGCCAACGUAUCAUUCAGGAGGAGCAGCAGUUGCGCCUCGUCAUGGCGCCCACGUACUUGCCACACGAUCGUGAGCGCGCAUUAGCCGAGCAACAGGCAAUGCGACAAUCAAUCGAUGGCAUGCAGCAAACGUAUGACGCAACCGCCGCCCAAUCCUAUGCUCUGGAUCCACAUUCAGUGGUAACCACUUCAUCAACUGUCUCGUUGCUUAUGAAGCCAAUGGCAGUAGGUCUAACCUAUGCUGAAGUGUUAUCAGGACAAGCAAGUCCGGUAAGCGGUAAUGAAUUGGCGACGUUACCAAGACAAGAAAAACGCGACACGACCACGACAAUAACGACAAGGCAACAACAACAACAUGAACAACAACAGCAAACGAACUUAAACCAACAGCAAACAAUUAUUACAACGACAACAACCACAAUGACGACAACAACACGCACACUUGAGGAUCAAUCAGAAGCAUCUGAAUCUAGCUCUCAUUUACCAUCUGUGGUUUAUGAACGGAGACAGCAACAACACCAGCCGCAACACCACCAGCAACAACCUUCCAGCAGCAACAUCGCUACCUCUGACUAUGAAGAAACAAGCGAUCCCAUUGUCAGCAGCACACAAAUUGUAACAACAACCACUCUGAUAGAUCAACAAGUUCCUAGCAAUCCCAACACUCAGUUUAUUGAAAAUGAGCGACAUUUGCAGCAACGCUUAAAUACGGGUAAGAAAUUGCAGCCACCACGUGCCGAGCGUCGUGGACGUUCUCCAAGACGCAGACGUGAACCUCACGUGGAAGCCACACAAGUAGAGCAACAACAACAACCGCAACAGCUCAUACAACAACAACAUCACCAACUCUUUGUGCCCCAAGGGGAUCGUGCACGUUCGCGUAGUCCCAUGUGGGUGCCAGGCUCAACCUCCUAUGCGGAGGUGUUACGUGGUCUUGAAUUGGAACGCAUGCAGGCCGAAGAGCUGGCCAGGCAGGCGACACAGCCUCAUGUGGAUUUGACCAUUCAAGAUGUUAUCGAUGCCAGCUAUGUGCCACAAGUUGAACCACAGCACCCAGAGCGGCAGCAAGAGUUGCAGCAGUUUGUAAGCCAAUCCGAACCCGAGUUGACUUAUGUACAGCAACAACAUUCACAACUGGAGCAGAAGCAACAACUGUCCAGUUAUGAAGUGCCCAUGACUGCGGAGGAGAUUACAGCAACUUAUUUGCAGCCCGAUCCUCAGCUUUAUCAGACCAUGUAUGAGAAUGUGGCCGAUAGUGGACAGUGGGGAUAUGUCACCACCGAAACAGGCAGCGAGGCACAACAGCAACAACAGCAGCAGCAGAAUUAUUACGAUCAAAUUAUGCAGAUGCAAUAUCCUAUACAAUACCAACCGGUUGCGGUACCUCCAACCAAUCCCCAAUAUCAGCUUCUGACUGGUUAUUAUCAACCUGUUGCCCAGACGGAACCUUAUCCCACAGUUUACACCACGGAGUCGCAGCAAAUCUAUUACACACAACAAACAGCCCCGGAGUAUACGGAGGAGUAUCAACAACUGCAGACGGAACUCAAUCCAGAAGUGCCUGCUUAUCAGCCGGAAAUUGUAGAACAAUCCUAUCUCCUAGAGCCUUAUCGCACGGAAGUCAAUUUAUCUGGUGCGUCAACAACAGGUAAUAGCGUACUCGAUCGUGUGGUAACCACACUAGCAUCCAUGGUGCAACAAAGUGCGGAACCUUUGACAACGAGCACACAACAAAUUCAACCAGCAGUUGUAACGCAACAACAGGAAAUAGAGCAAGUACUUCCACAACAACAACAGCCACAACAGCAGGUUUAUAUUGAGGAGACUGUGCAGAUGCUACGUCCUGUCGAACCGCAAGAGUUUGAAAUGAAUGAACCACGUCCGGAUAUCACAUUCGGACAAUUUGAUGUAGAUGCAAUUGAGACUAUUCCAGUGGAUGUACCUCAACGACUAUCUCAGCCACAACCUCAACCACAAUCCCAAACGACAGUGACUACAACGAGAUCUGUGGAGGAAACAAUUCUUUCUCAACAGAUACAGCCAACUGUGAUAGCACCAAAGACUCAAGAGAUUGUUUUAGCCCAAGACACUGUCAUUGUGCGUCCUCAGGUGCAACAGCCCAACCAGCAACAACAACAAUUAAGCCAAGAUUCAAGUACUGGUAGCACGUAUGCCGAAGUUCUAUUUGGUCAACAACAUAGAGCACAAUAUCCAGUUUUCCAGCCAUCCAGUCAACAACAGAUACCAGUACGUUUAGUUGCCCCAAUGCCGCAAAUUCGCAACGUUGAACAUGUAACAACCACAAAACAUACAACAAUUAAGAAUCAACACGCUAAACGGCCUGAGAAGCCCAUUGAGAUUACCAAGCCUAAAAGACAACGACAUGAGCAACAACAACCCGAGCCUUUGCCAAUUAAGGUGAGCACCAGAAAAGACUUGAAAACAAGCAGAAAACACAAAUCUCCUGAGUCAAAUGGUUCUCAUGUAGAGAAAUCAACGAUUAUGGAGGAUGCACCUACUGAAAUCGUCUUGGUUGAGGAGCCAACGCACAAGCAACCGGAACCUAAAAGUCGUAAAUCAAAGAAAACAAAGAAGACAACGGAACAUUUGGUUGAAUCCACAACUGAGCCCGUUUCAAAGAUUUGUAUGGAGAAUAUAGUCGAGCCGGAGAAACAGAAGAUGCAAUCUGUCAACGUUGUGGAAACGACAACAAACAUCACUAAAACCACAUCUACACCAGCUGUUGAAAUCGUUAAACAGACAGAAAUUAUCACUGUGCCAGAGGUACCUGUAGAUGCACCUGGAAAAAAUGAUAGAAAGAAGCAUUCAAGUCCUCUGCAAAUUCUAGCUGUCAAGAAGGAACCGAUUGAGUCUAUUGUGGAGGACAUUAAACAAACAACUGUAGAUCAAGUCUCAACGAUAUCGAAAAAGGAGAAGAAGAAGUCCAAGACUGUGGUUGAAACAACGACAACCACUAAGAAAAUAGUUCAACCAGUUGUGGAGGGCAUUAAACAGAUGGAAAGUGUAUCAGUAGUUGAACCAAUUGCUGAACCAGCUCCGAUUACCGCUCUAACUAAGAAGGAUAGAAAGAAGACAACUGUUGUGGAAACCACGACUACUACUAAGGACCCUGCCGAAGCUCCCUUAGAGGUUGUUAAACAAGUCGAGAUUGUACGUAUUAUGGAACCUGUUGUGGAAACGACGAAGCCAGCUAUCGAAGUCGCCAAAGAAAAGGAAAUUAAGAAACCAGUUUCUAAUGGCAAAGCUCCAUCAAAGAAGGAUAAAAAGAAUACAAAAACUGUUGUAGAAACAACGACUGUAGAAGAACCAACGGCUGCGGCAACCACGACUAUUACAAAAGGCAUAGUGACGGCCCCCGUUGAGAUCAUUAAACCUAUUAAAGAAACUGUUGUAGAAACGAAAACUAACGAAGUCUUAAUAAAGCAAGAAACUAAUGAGACUUCGAAACCAGAAAUUAAUCCAGUUUCUAAUAACAAGGCUCCAUCAAAGAAGGAUAAGAAACAUGCGAAGGCUACGGAGAUAGUAAAUCAAGACACAGAAAUAGCACCAGUUAUGGAAGUGCCAAAAGAAGUUGAAAUUAUUCAGCAAAUUUCGUCUACAAAGUUAAUUGUAAGUGAGCCUGUGCAGGAGAUAGCAAUUACUACAGAGUCAACAGAUUCAGUUCCUGAGGUGUCGGCAAGUAUUGUAGACUCCACUCUAGUAACUGAGCCAACAUCAACGAUUAUGACAACAACCGAAGUUAAAGAAACCUUUGUCGAAAGCGAACCUACAGUUACCACAUCGACUAAUACGAUUUCCACAGAAAGCGGCACUACAACAAUUACGACCAGAACUAUAACCAAACACAUUACCAAGCGCAUUGUCAAGCGUAUUAUCGAUGGCAAAGAGGAGAUUGUUGAGGAAGACGUCGUCGAUGAUUUGCCAGAGGAAAAUAUUUCCGUGGAACAAUUUGAUUUGCCUGCAAUUGAAACGACAACUCUAACUAUGCCCGGUAGCGCGAACGUUUCUGGACUUACUUCAAAUCAGGAUACAACUGUUGUUCAAGGUGGAUCCAUUACGAAGACAACUAUAACCAAGACGAAACGUAUUCUUAAACGCAUUACCGCCGAUGGUGAAGAAGUCGUUGAAGAGGUCUUUGAGGACGAACCAGAGGUUGAAAGAGACAUUACUCUACUUCCAACUACAGUUGUUACUUCGACGGCAACUCAAGAGCAACCGAUUGUAACUCAUGAAGAGAUUCGGGAUGCUGCUCAAAGUGCCAUUGCGGAAAUCGUAGUCAAGGCCGAGAAGAUAAUUGAACCGGAGCCACAGAAACCAUCACCUAAGGACAAAAAGAAACUAGAAGUCAGUUCUAUUGUGAAGGAUACUGUUGAUUUUAUCGCUGCUGAAGCUGAGCAGAAUCCACAAAAGGAAAGCCGAAAGGAUAAGAAGAUAAAGCAGAAAAAAUCGAAAAGUGAAGAAGUCGAAACAAUCAUACAAAAAUCAGAAAAUCCUAUUAUGCAAAACGUGGCUGAAAUAACAGAGCCACAAUUACCAUUAGAAACCACAGAGCCCCUGAAUACAACAAGUGCAAUUUCAAUUGAUGAUAAUCAACCUCAAUCAACUGAAUCAUCUGUUAUUAGCGAUGAUGGCAGCCUAAUUAAGACAACCGUUAUACGAACAACAAAGAUCGUGAAAAAGAUCAACCAACACGAAGGUCAAGAUAUGCCAACAUCAACACAUUCGGAUGUACCUUCAAUGGAUUCCUUUGAGCUCGCCGAAGAAGCUGCAGAGCAACCCAAAGUGGAGAAAUCCGAAAUGAACAGUCGUGAGAUAAGCGAUGAAGGUGUAGUUAAGACAACUAAAACAACAACUAUUCGUACGAUCAAGAAUGCCAAAGCUGAAGAUAAAGAAGUUCUCAUUGAACCUAUAAGCAUAGUUGAAGGCACACCCGAACCGAAACCCACUGAAGAUACUUUCCAAUCUGAAGACGGCUCUGUUCUGAAGACAACAACAGUGCGCACAACCAGAAUUGUCAAGAAAAUCUCCCAAGAUAGUGAGAAUGUCAGCGAAACUAGCAUCACAUCUGAGCCCAUAGUUGAGAGCAUCAUUCAAGAUGCACCGGUUGUUGCUGAAUCAGUUACCACCGAAUCGAACAGUGAGGGUAUUACCAAAACUAUAACCACACGCACCACAAAGGCUGUUAAUAAGUCAUCUGGACAAAUUGUUUUUGAACCGGAGCAGACUGUUGAGGAACUAUUGUUCACACCCAUAAGUACUACAGAAGCUACCAAUAUAAAGACAACUACGUUCGAUUUAUUAGCUUCUGAACAGCAAAAUGUCGUGCCAGUACCCGAUAAGAAGUCUAAGAGGUCUAAGAAACAACCCAAACAAAAGAAAGCUCCAGUUACAGAGACGGCUAAGGAUGUUCCAGUAGUAGAGGAACCUAAGGAAAUUCAGGACCAAACCAAACCCAAAGAAGUUGUUGCUGCUCUACUUGUAGAGGUACAAGAGACAGAGGUUGCUCCAUUUGUAGAGGAACCAAAGCAAGAGUUCAUAGUAACUGACCCCCUCUAUGAAAAUGCUAGUAACGAUGUUGUUAAAACAACAAUUGUGAGAACAACGAAGAUUGUUAAGAAGGUCUCGCAAAAUGUUGACAAUCAGACCGUGAGUGAAACUGUUGCAACUCCGGAUUUGGACAACCAGACCCUUGACAAACCAGUUGCUGUUGUUGAGGAACCAAUAAGUGAAGAAGCUGGUGGUGUAACCAAAACAACAACUGUGCGUACUACGAAAAUUGUGAAGAAGCUGAACGAAGAUGGCGAGACAACAACAGAGGAGAGCAGUACACUUAGCGAGCCGAUCACCGUUAGGGAAGGCUCUCCAACAAUUUCGGAAGUACCGAGUGAAUCUUCAACCACGUCUAGUCAAACAGAUGGUGCCAUUAUCAAGACAACCACAAUUCGCACAAUGCGAAUUACAAAGCGUAUUACAAAUGACGGACGCAUAGUUCUUACUGAAAGUGACACACCCAGUGAUGUUGUUGUUACAUCCAGUAUUGAAAUGCCCGACCAAAGACCUAUUAGCCCAGUUUUGACUUCAAGUACAACUCCUCUAGUUGUCACUUCAAAAAGCGAACAUAAAUUAGAAAAUGUUGGUGUCAAUAUUGAGCUGAAUCUUAGGGACACUACGAGCAAGUCGGGUGUUAAGGUCAUUGGCAUUGAAACAACUGAACUACCGACUGUAUACUCCGAGAAAACAACGUCUAAUGGGGUUGUAAACGAAACUGAUACCAUUGCCACUACUACAACAACUACCAAAAAUACGAUACUUACAACGACACAACGACGUAGCUUCGAAACCGAAGAUGGCACAAAUGUUCUUUUCGUGGGAGAAGGCAUUGACGGAGCCUAUCCACCAGGUACAGUUCAAAAGAUUUCUCUCAUUACUCAUGAAGAGAAGUUGAAGACUCCAAUCGUGAAAAUGCAUCUAGAUUUUCCGGAGGUUAGUCUACGUGUGACUGAGACUUUGACAGAAAAUUUAGAGUCCCUGCAGAGAACUGCCGAAUUAAGUGAAACAUCCCUAAUUGAGGUUGUUAAGUCGGCUAAGACAAAUACCAUAGAGUCAGUUGAUCCCAACACUUCUGUUACUAGUGUAGAAUCCACUUUAAAACAAGCACAGGAAGAUCAAGCGGCUAAGACCGUGUCGAUAGAACAAGUUGACAAGCCAAUUGUAGCGGAAAAGAAGGAUAGUGAACCCCCAAUAGACUUGAGUUCAGAAGAGCAAAAGCUUUUCGAAGACAUUCAAAAGAAACUUUCUAAGAAAGAUAAGAAAAAGCGGCCCGCAAUACCCGAAGAAUUUAUAAAGCAAGAAACAAUUCAGGUCCUUUCAGAAGAAAGUAAAGGUAAUGAAACAAUUGGUAUACAUCCUGUAGAUGAAAAACAAAUUCUAAUCGAUAUUACCUCAUCCAUUGAAAAACCAGUGCAAUUAGUUCAAAAUCUUUCACAAGACGUGCAAUUGAUUUCCAAAGCAAAUACAGUCGAGCAUGCCAAUGCUGAUAUAUUUUAUCAUGAAAAACUGCAAGAAUCGACAGAAAUUCCUUCUUCUGAAACUCCAAAAGAAACGCAAUUAGAAAUUCCAUGUGAUAUUCAGUUAAUCCCAGAUCCUACUAACACCGCUAAUCAAGUUGUUCCUGCAAAACCAAGCGCAUUAAUUGCUGAAGCAUUUGUGGUUAACACGGUAAGCACUUUAAAUACUACUAAUAUUAUUCAAAAUAUUAUCCCAUACGAAAAAAUUUAUGAAAUUCCCAAACACAAUUUAUCUGAAUUUAAUAUUGCCGAGGGUAAUUAUCACAUAAUAAAUUCUAAAACAAAGUAUGUAGAAACUCCUUCCCAUGAACCACAACAAACUGUUGAAGAGGUUACACCGAUUGUAAGUUUGGUUGACUCUAUCAUUACAAAGACUUCUGUGGAAGCGUCGAACGUAGAAAUUGUAAAAAAGGUUCCUACUAAAAUUGACAAGAUAUAUGAAAUUCCAAAAUAUGAUUUACCUUCAUUUAACACAGCUGAGGGUAUUUAUCACAUAAUCAAUUCUAAAUCAACUGAAAGUAGUCCUGCACCUAUCGAAAAAACAAAACAAAUUGUCGAAAAACAAGUUGCGGUUGAGAGUUCUGUGGAUUCUUCAGUAAAUAGUCCUUCGGUGGAAACUAUAGCACCAACUAAGAUUGCAACUGAAACCCCUUACUCUACUGAAAGCGAAAUAAUUGAUACCACAACAAUUGUCAAUAAAAUCAUCUUAACAACUGUGGAUAGCUCGAGUCAGUGUCAGAAUAUUAAGGAAGAUAAGUCACCUGUCUAUAUAUUCGAGGUUCCGAAAUACAAUAUCAAAGAGCAAGAAUAUGCUGAAGAUUUGUACAGACAAUAUCUUUCCAAAUCUGAGGAACCUAAGCAAAGUGAUCCGGAGCCUAUCGUAGAAGAAACUAUAACGCCAAUAACACUAAUCGAAGCUUCUGUUGAGGAAGAAGUUUUGCCAGCCCAAUCUGAAACAGUCGUUGCAAUAACAAAUUCCGCAAAUGAGUCAAUCAGUACAAUUAUCACCUCGACAACUACUACUGUGACUAAGGCCGUCAGUGAGCCCAAAAAACCAGCAUAUGCUGGUUUGCCCGUAGAUGAGUCUAGCAGCUCCUGGAUGGAUGUUCUGGAUGAGCCCAUGGUCUUCUCGGAUGAGGAAGAAGAAGAAGUUGUCCCCGAAAAAGUUAGCAAGUCAGUCGCCGAGAAAGAGAUCGUCAAACCUGUCGAGCCUGAAACAUUCUCCGAAUCUUCAAUUGCUGAAGACACCCAGAUUACUGUGACUGUCACGACAACAACAACAACUGUGACUGAAACUGUCAAAAAAGAUGAAGUUCCAAAGGAAGCAGAAACCAAACAGGAAUCCAAAGUGCCGAAACAUAUUAUCCAACCCCAGGAACCUGAAGACACUAAGAGUGCAACAACUGUUCUCACUUCAAUUACGGUGUCUGAAACUAUUGACGAUUUUGUACUUCCAAAGCGAAACAAGGAACAAGAAAUGCGAACUAACGUGUGGGAACUGAAUUCGUCGUAUGCAGAUGUACUGAAGCACACGAUGAACUUCAUAGAUGGUGAAAAGAAAAACGUUGAGAAAAUUAUGGAAAUCAGCGAAACUCAGCUCAUUCCACAUAUUCAAACAAUGGAAGUUGUUGAGACUGCUUCUAAAAAAUCCAAAACAAAGAAAGACAAAAUGCGGAAACGGGCUGACUAUGAAAAUGAAGCUAAGACUGAAGAAGAAAUAAUAGUAAAACCGAACAAAAAGGAAGUUUCAACGGUUAUCGAAGAAAAUACUACUAUUGUUGACUUAGUUCAAGGUCAAAAAUGGUCGGAAAUGGUUGACGAUGAGAGUCAAAGAUAUGUUGUUCAACCACAACCAGGACGUCCGACUUCAUGGUCAUCAAUAGUUCGACAAGGAGGUGAAGAACCAUUUACAAAGAUUACUCAGCGAGACACAGUAGAGCUUGAGGCUGACUACCCAACUACUGUCGUUUCCUCUACUCAUGACAUUCAGGACUUCAUUCACAAGGAGCAGAGUUUCUCAACCAUUGUGAACGAAAAAUCCAAGAAGCAAAACGGCAAGAAGGAAAAGAAAUUGCAGAAUGUUGUUGAGGAGCCCAAACAUAAGCAAAAGUCUAAGAAGCAAAAGGAACUUCCACAGAUCACACACGAGCCAGAAACAGUUGUGGAACAACCGAUAGCUCUGAUCGAGCGGCAAGUUCCGAAAAUUGUCAAUACGCUGUCCUCAACUCAAUCGUGGUCCUCAAUUGUUUCGCAGACAAUUGACAAUUCAGCUGCUAACACCAUGCCCUCCACACAGGACUUCAUUCGCGAAGAACAGAACUUCUCAACCCUUGUAAACGAUAAAUCCAAGAAGCAAAAACCAAAGAAGGACAAGAAAUUGCAGCAGAAAGCAGAACCAGUUGUUGAUGAAUCAAAUGUUGUUAAAGCGCCAAACGUUGUGAUUGAAGUAAACGUUUCGGAAAUUGACGAUACACAAUCUUCAAUUCAAUCGUGGUCGUCAAUUGUAUCUCAAACAACUACAAUUGAAGCUGUUACCGAGAAGACACCUUUAGCUCCAUUCAAACCAAUUGAGGAGCCCAUUCCUAUUACCACAUUUGAAACUGAGGAGAUAUUGUCGAUUGUUGAACCAAUUGUUGGGAAACCUACUUUUGUUGAGGAGCCGAAAGAAGUAAUUGAACCUAAGAAAAAGUCUAAGAAGGAGAAGAAACUGCCUAAGGUUCAACAGGAACCAGAAAUAAUUGUGACAGAGGCGAUUGACGUCGAACAGCCCAAGGAUGUGAUUGACUCGAAGGUUUUGGAUAUUGAAGAUACACAAUCUUCAACUCAAUCGUGGUCUUCAAUUGUAUCUCAAACAACUACAAUUGAAACUGCUACCGAGAAGACACCUUUAGCUCCAUUCAAACCAAUUGAGGAGCCCAUUCCUAUUACCACAAUUGAAACUCAGGAGAUAUUGUCGAUUGUUGAACCAAUUGUUGGGAAACCCACUUUUGUUGAGGAGCCGAAAGAAGUAAUUGAACUUAAGAAAAAGUCCAAGAAGGAGAAGAAACAGCUUAAGGCUCAACAGGAACCGGAACAAAUUGUGGAAGAGGCGAUUUUCGUCGAGUUGCCAAAGGAUGUGAUUGGAUCGAAGGACUUGGAAGUGGAUGAUACACAAUCUUCAACUCAAUCGUGUUCUUCAAUUGUAUCUCAAACAACUAAAAUUGAAACUGUUACCGAGAAGACACCUUUAGCUCCAUUCAAACCAACUGAGGAGCCCAUUCCUAUUGCUACAAUUGAAACUGAGGAGAGGCCCACUGUUGUUGAGGAGCUGAAAGAAGUUCUUGAACCUAAGAAAAUAUCCAAGAAGGAGAAGAAAUUGGCUAAGGUUCAACAGAAACCAGAAACAGUUGUGGAAGAGACGAUUGGCGUCGAAGAGCCAAAGCAAGUGAUUGAAUCAAAGGGUCCAGAAGUUGACGACUCACAAUCUUCAACUCAAUCGUGGUCGUCAAUUGUAUCCCAAACAACUAUAACUGAAACUGUUACCGAGAAGACACCUUUAGCUCCAUUCAAACCAAUUGAGGAGCCCAUUCCUAUUACCACAAUUGAAACUGAGGAGAUAUUGUCGAUUGUUGAACCAGUUGUUGAGAAAUCCACUGUUGCUGAUGAGCCGAAAGAAGUGAUUGAACCUAAGAAAAAGUCCAAGAAGGAGAGGAAACUGCCUAAGGCUCAACAGCAACCAGAACCAGUUGUAAAAGAGCCGAUCGUCGUCGAACAGCCCAAGGAUGUGAUUGAAUCAAAGGUUUCGGAAAUUGACAAUUCACAAUCCUUUACUCAGUCGUGGUCGUCAAUUGUAUCUCAAACAACUACAAUUGAAACUGUUACCGAGAAGACACCUUUAGCUCCAUUUAAACCAAUUGAGGAGCCCAUUCCUAUUACCACAAUUGUAACUGAGGAGAUAUUGUCGAUUGUUGAACCAGUUGUUGAGAAACCCACUGUUGCUGAGGAGCCGAAAGAAGUGAUUGAACCUAAGAAAAAGUCCAAGAAGGAGAGGAAACAGCCUAAGGUUCAACAGCAACCCGAACCAGUUGUGAAAGAGCCGAUUGUCGUCGAACAGCCCAAGGAUGUGAUUGAAUCAAAGGUUUCGGAAAUUGUCGAUACACAAUCUUCAACUCAAUCGUGGUCUUCAAUUGUAUCUCAAACAACUACAAUUGAAACUGUUACCGAGAAGACACCUUUAGCUCCAUUUAAACCAAUUGAGGAGCCCGUUCCUAUUACCACAAUUGUAACUGAGGAGAUAUUGUCGAUUGUUGAACCAGUUGCUGAGGAACCCACUGUUGCUGAGGAGCCAAAAGUAGUGAUUGAACCUAAGAAAAAGUCCAAGAAGGAGAGGAAACUGCCUAAGGUUCAACAGCAACCAGAACCAGUUGUAAAAGAGCCGAUUGUCGUCGAACAGCCCAAGGAUGUGAUUGAAUCAAAGGUUUCGGAAAUUGUCGAUACACAAUCUUCAACUCAAUCGUGGUCUUCGAUUGUAUCUCAAACAACUACAAUUGAAACUGCUACCGAGAAGACACCUUUAGCUCCGUUCAAACCAACUGAAGAACCAAAUAAGCCCAUCGAGACUGUAACAGCAAUUAUUUUGCAAACAACAUCUGCACCAGAACCAACAAUUGAAGAAACAGUUUCUGUAAUACCAAUUGAAACUGUUGCUGAGUCAACACCAUUAAAUUUAUUCAAAACUGAUGAAAUCAAUAUCCCUGCCUAUGAUUCGCAAAGUACAGCCGAAGCUGAUGCAUUUAUAUGCGAAACAUCAUACUGGUCUGCUACAUUGAAACCCGGUCAGAAAUCGAUCACGGAUACUGUUGAAAUGGAAGAGACCGAUCAAGUGGAUACAAAAGAGGAUUCUCCAAUUACUAUUGAUAUACCACUAGAUAAUAACCUUCCAGAAGUUGCAGUACAAUCGCCAACCGAUCAACCAACAACGUGGUCAGCAAUUGUUCAAACUGAAACUAAAGUAUUCCCCCCUGCAGUCCCUAAUGAUAAAGAUGAGAAUGAAUCUGACUUACCAGCAUGGUCCUCAGUUAUUGUAAGCAAAACAACAAAUUUCCAAGAACCUAAGCACCAGAUUGAUCUUGAAGAUGAACAAUCAUCAAAGACAACAACCUAUGUAACAACAACCGUGACAACACACAAAGAUGUACAAACUAAAGAGGCUGUUAAGAAUAUCAUUGAUGAACAACCAACAUCUUAUGUCUCUACUGUAGUGACAUCUCAUUCAAACGAACUGACAAUUCACCCUGAAAUCACGGAAAUUGAAAGCGAAACCGUAGAAACAGACUCUUCAAAUAAACUGGAAUCUCUGGUGAGAAAUCUACAAUUUGAAACGACUCAUCUACGUCCCAGAUAUGAAUUGAUUGAAACACAGUAUCAAUUAUUGAAGGCAAAUGUACCAAAGGUAAUCGAACAACCAAUCCUUGAAUCGCCAAAUGAUGAGACACUAAUGGAUGAUUAUGUGAUAAUUGAACCCGAAGCUCUGCCAGAGCUUAACUCUGAGAUUCUUGCAUACAAUUUACAUCUUGAUAGGCAUACAUUAUUGCGUUCCAUAGCAGAGAAUGCUAUUGAUGAAGGUAUUAAUCAGUUGCAUUUAAUCAAAAAGUCCGUUGAACCCAAAUUAGAAACAAUAACUAUAGUUGAAGAAGUUAAACCUGUCGAAAAGCCAGAAAUGAAUUUAGAGGGAAUUGUAGCAAAGAUUGAACAGGUAACAGUAGAGGAACCCAAUUCAGUAAGCGAAGGGAGAACAAUACUCGUUGAGAAGUCUGAACCGACAACCUCGAUAACACUUGUAGAGCAGGUAUGCUUGCCCCAAACAUUGACAAUAGAGCCCAGAAGGCCAAGUGAACUACUGUGGCAUCUCAGUCAAGACAACUUCUUGAAAUCAAUUAAUCAUCAUAGACAAACGGCAGAUAACGCUUAUGCCCUAUACAAAACUAUAACGACGACAGACUUAUCUAAGACGGAUACGGAUAGGAAAACUCAGGAAACCCAAGACGAUAAGCAAAAGACUGACAUCAUUACGGAAACUGUAGUGAAAACGACUACGAUUACAGAAUCAAGUAAAUUGAUAGCUGAUAACGUUGUAGAUAAGACUGAACUAGAAGCAUCGUCAAUUGUAAACAUUCCUAACGUUGAGGUGACACCAACAACAACACCAAUUAGCAACAUCGAUCAGUUGCGUCUAAAUCUGUAUAUGGAUGACUGGCAAACGUCUGGCAUCGAUGUAGAUUUAUUCGAUAACAGUAUUGAUAGACUGAAGCGUGAUGAUGAUGGUGUUGUCGAUACAAAACUUGACAAAGACAAGAAACCCGACGAUGUGAAACCAGACAAGGACAAUGACAAAGACGAUGAUGACGUUGACGAUGACGACGACGAUGAUGAUGAUGAUGAUGAUGGGGAUAAACUGACAGUGCCUGAAAUUCGUAAGCCGCAUGACGAUGAUGACAACUCAAACGACCGCGAUCCUGGUAGUGGUAGCAGUGGCAAUGCAACACCGACACCCGAAACAGAUACAACUCAGUACGAUCAGAAUCGCAGUUGUUCAUCGGAAUAUAUGUCAACCGAUUUGCCAGGUGGUGUAGGCCAUUGGAGGGACCAAAGUACUUACUUGGCUUUAGAAGCCGAACCUCAGGUUAAAGUUGAAUUGGCACCAACAGUCGAGAGUAAGGAAAUUGUAACAAAAUCGAUUGAGUUGACACCCUCAGUGUCACUUGAUCAACAGCAAAUGUCCUCCCCUGAAACAAAUCCCCCUGUUCUUUCCACAACUAACGUUGCAAAUGCACUAAUCCAAUUGGCGAGCGCCACAACUUACACUUUAAAUGCUGCUGCCAAUGCGGCAGCAACAGCAACACAAGCGACAACAUUGGCGGCCACCAGCGCCAUUUUGCCUGUGGCAACAGCCGUAAUUAAUAAGUUUGCGGCAUCAACCCCGAAACCGACACCGACAACACCACCAACAACACCAGAGGAGACAACACCAGUUCAGCAAGCGCUCACAGCAACAGUUGCUGCUGAGACGCCUGCAGCAACAAUCAGCGAAACGACAACUACAACAACGAGCAGCGACAACGACUCGGUGGCGCCACAAGCUGACAACUUGUCAAGUGUCAUAAAGCGCACAGUUGUGACAACAACAACAGUAACAACAACAACAACUACUGAAGCAGCAGCAGCAGCAGAAGAGCCAGCAACAACCAGCAACGUCACCACAACAACAACUACGACAACAACUGCUGCUGGCAAUGAUUUGCUAGAGCGACAACAGCAACGCCAGAAGGAAUUAAUAACACAAGAACUCGACGAACUGCUACAAUCGCUCUCAACCGUCGAGGAUGGCAUUGGAAAUAUGAACUACAGCAGCUUGGAGGGCAUGCUACAGGGAUUAAAGCUAAUCCAAGAAAAUCUGGAAGUACAUGAGAAGGAAGCACGCAACCUCAAGGAGCAAGCAAAGGCAUUGCCAACAGAUCCUGCCACUGAGCGUCUGCUAAACGAGACUACAGAUCGCAUUGAUCUUCUCUUGAGGCGGACACAGCAAGGCAUCACUAUGAUAGCCAACGCUAUGCAUGGCCAGAAGAAGCGUGAGCAAGAGAUUGAUGAGUAUCAGCAGCAUUUGUUGGAGUUGGAGCGCUGGAUCAACGAUGUCUCCGCCGAGUUGGCCUCGUUUGAGACCACAACGGAGAGCAGCACCGAUGAACAGAUCUUGAAAUCCCAAGUUGAGCGCAGUCAACAAUUGUUACGCACGCUGAAGGAACGUCAACAGUCUAUGGAUGAUUUGGUUGAGCAGACACGUCAGCUCCAAAGUCAACCCGAUGUGGCACCCCUCGCAGAUACCCUAAUGGAGCAACUGCAAAGCAUCAUUAUCAUAUUGCGGGAACAAAUCACUGUGGCUACCACACGCAUCUUUACCAUUGAGAAACGCAUCGUGGAAUUGCGCAAGGCAAAGAGCGAUGAUGCACAGCGUCAACGUGUGCUGGAGGAUGCCAAAAUUCAACCUCCUAUCAGCACCACUGCAGCACCAGAAUCGAUUGAAUCCAAUGAAAAUACAAUUGACUCUAGUUCCAUGCCAGAGGAAGAGAUUAAACCAACUGGCGUUUAUGUAGAGACGCAGACUUCCUUCAGCUUGCAGCAGCCAGAGAUUCCAGCCCAGGCUCAACCACAGAUAACCACAAGCAAUGUGGAGGCGCAGACAAGCUUCCAGGAAGCGUUGCCCGUAGAAACCGCUGAAGUGGCGCUGCAAACGUUGAGGGAACGUCAACCAACUGAGAAUAUAAUGGUAACGCAGACUGUGCAACGUGGACAGGAGACAAUACAGAUUGACACCAUGUUGAACAAGAAUGUUGAUGAACCACCAGAGGAUGUGGAAAUCGAGGCACGUUACCAUCAGCAACCCAGAGGAGAUGUAGAUCGUGCUACCGAGUUGAUACUGAAGAAUGUGCCACAAGCAUUUGAGACGACAUUUGUUGAACCAGACGAAACAACUACCGAGGUGGUUGUGGGACCCGAUGGCACAAAGCAUAUUUUGGUGAAGAAGAUCACAACUCGAACGCGUCAACAAAUUGUGCAACAGCAGCAAAUUAGCUCCAUUGAAACAGUCAGCGAUGCCGAUGGCAAUAUUGAGGUGACUGCAACUGGACAAAUCAAUCUGGAGAAUGUACAACACACAGAUACCAUAGCUGAUCCAAAGGAAAGCAGUUAUCGCACUGUGGUGACGCAACAAACGAGGGGAACACUGUUGGAUGGCUCUCAGCCGGAGACGGUGAUCGUCAGUGAAUUCGAAACGGAGCCGGUUGUUGAGCAAUACGAGCAACUCCUUAGUCCCGAUGUGGAUGGUAAGAUGCAACCAUUCCGUGCCACAGCUGGACAGUCGGAAGUGGAGACACAUGGCAGCAUACGCACCGUAAUGCAACAGACGACCCGUAAAGUGAUACGCAAAACCCGCAAGAUAAUCAAACAUGUUGUGAUUAUCAACGGCAAGGAACACAUAACCGAGGAGAUUGUCGAGGAGCCCGAAGAGAUUGAGAUAACCGAAGAGGAAACAUCGCCACAUGUGAAUAUCAACAUUGUGCGUACGGUGAAUGGUAAAGAGGUGAGCGAGGAGGAGUUCCAAAGGAUGAUGCAGGAGCCGGGAGUUCUCAUCGAAGAAGUUGCAACGGACCUGUCCCAAUCCGAGACAGUCGAGCCGCAGCAACAGGUAUUUGAUAUUGAGUCUAUCAACAUCAGCACCACAACAACAACUACACCACAAGAACAACAACAACAACUAGAACAACAACAACUCGAUACAGCACCAACAACAACAACAACAACAAAAAUAACAACAGCAACAACUACAACUACAACAGAAACGAUUAAAGAAGCACCUGUAGAAUUGCCAGCACCUCAAGUAGACAUUGAAGAAAUAGUAGAAGUUGCAACUACCAGUCCCGUUCAUGUUACAGCAGCGGCAGUAACAACAGCAGCAAUAACAACCACAACAAAAACAACCACAACAUCUACAGCACAACCUACACAAGUAAUCCCAACAACAGAAACUGACGCUGAGAUUGAGCCUUUGUUGGAAGAUAUCAAUGAAAUUUGGCCGUUGGAACAUCAUCUGCAACCCACAAACAUUGAUUUCUCCCAGCAUGAAACAACAACUCUCAUACGCCAAGCAGCUGGAGCAUCUCCCAGAGAUUCAUCAAUGCCUGUAGACACCAUUUGGCCAACAAGUCCUGAAACUGGCAACUCGGUAUCACUUGAAUCUUAUGAAUUUGAGCCAACAUCUCCGCGAGCUGAGACUGAACAACCAAAAACUGAGACUGUACCUUCACCAGAGCAAUCUGUAACAAAGGAAAAAACUGAAACUGAAGCUUUCCUUGAAGCUGAAAAAUCACAAGCUGAGCCUGCAAAAGAACAACAAAAAGUGGUAGAGGAACAACAUCAGACAACUCAAGUAACUGUAGAAGAAGAACCCCAACAACCUCAGACAUCUCAAGCAACUAAGCACCUGGAAAUAUCCCAAAUUGAGCCUGCAAUUGUGGACAAGAAGGUGGCUCAAACAGAUGUGCGUGUUGCCACACAACUGUUCAUCUCUGGCGAGGCAGCUGACUCGGAAUCUCCUCGCAAAACCUAUCAGAUUACCGCACCCUCCUUAGAAGCUCCAGGAGUUGGUGUACUCAAGGUGGCAAUAGGAACAACAUCCGCUGUAGCUGAACCCGACACUCAAAUGCCUGGUAAGGUCACCAUGUCCAUUGUAGAGACUGUAACGGCAAUGGAAACUCGCGACGAUGAUGCGACCACGAAGCGAAGUCGAAAGAAAAAGAAGAGAAGAGAUGCAGAGCCAGUUGAAGAGCAAACACAAAAUAAGACAGAAACAAAAGUGGAACCAGUGGCCGUUUCCGUUCCCGUUCCCGAACCAGAACCGAUUGCCGUUUCCGAUAUCGAAGCGCAAUCUGUACAUGAAACUGGCUACGAGGCAGAAGAAAAGACUGUUGCCGAUGAUAAUGAUGACUCCUCAGAUUCCAAGAAGAAGCGCCGCAAGAAGAAGAAGCAAAAGGAAAAGGCCGAGGAGGAGGAUUCACAUGCUCCAGUCUCAUCCGAUAAUUCGCCACGUGAUAACAGCGCCAGCAUUGAAUCGGAGGGUAAAGUGCGACACGAAUCGAUUGUGGAGAUCAGCGCUGAGAGUGAUUUGUCCAGCAUGGACAUUGAUACGACCGUAAAAGUAAUUGAAGAUGCGGUUAUCAGCUCUCCAUCAGAGUCACCACGCAAUCCCUUCACUGAGCUGGUUAUCCCCACUGAAGUUGUUGAACUCGCGCUAGUUGAAGACGUGGAACAGCAGACAACACCACGUGCUCCCACUCCAACAGCUGUUGAGGUAGAGCACGAGAUUAAGUCUUCGCAAACUUCACCACAGCAUCAGCCUCAACUCGAUGAGACAGCGGUGCAAACGAGCCUGGAUAUCCAUCCCGAAAAUCAGGAAAAUGAAUCGCAAACUCUCAUUGUGGAAAUUAGCGAGACUGAAGCUCAGACAACGCCACGUGGCCAAGACGAUCAGCCUGAACCCGUCGAGAUGUCCACCACUGAGAUUCAAACCGAUGUCAGUGGACAACCUCGGGAAACUGUGGAGAUUUCCAGUCAAACAACUGUGACGACCACAAUUGAAAAGGAACUGCAAACAACGCCCAAAGAAUCUCCAAGGGAAGCUGAGCCAAAGAGCGAUCAGGUGGUCCCAGCUCUUGUCACGGAUCUGGUUAAAGAUAUGACCAUUGAUUUGCCAGUUCCCACGGCAGAGCAAUCGACAUUCACCGAAGCAAUUUCGACAACUGAGACACAGGUGCAGACAAUGACACCAGAACCAGCAGAGCUGAUUGCCAACACUGUGGAACCAGUUGAAGUAAGCGAUGUUGUGGUGCAAACCACACCAAGGGACGAGCCACAGCCAGUGUCACUUGAAGAUAGCUCCCUAACCACGACUUCUAUUUCGGAACCCUACGAGUUGGAGGUGAGAACUACAGUGGCCAUACCUGCAGAUUCAGAUGCAUCCUUGGUGGAGCCUACACUCUACGAGUACACGCAGACCAUGGAGCUGCCCAAGCCGGAGAAGCCAAGCAGAAAGGGAAAGAAGAAAGCAAAGGGUAUACCCGCACCACAAACCACUUCCGAUGGGGAUCCACAAAUCAGCGUAACAGUUGAAAUUGCUCCAGAACUGCUUUCCGAGUCGGGCAUUGUGGUGUCAACCAAUCAGGGAAUUGAAGAGGUGCCUCAUUUGCCUCCAGCGGCUGAUCCCUUGGAAGUCGAUCCCUUGAAGCCUCAACGUGUCCAGCUGCAAAUCACAAAGACCACUGUCUACGAUGAGUAUCCUGAUCUUCCCGUGCACAUUGUCGAGCAGAACAAGGUGAGCAUCGCCUCGCAACAACAGAGCGGAGUAGGAAAGUCACGCACUGGACCCACUUCGUCUGUGACAAUUGAGGAAGUGGCUUCACCCACCGAGGAGCUCAUUGUGCCCAUUACCCCUGGACCCGAUGUCAAUCAAGAGCAGAUUUGGGUCAGUCCCACAAGCAGUGUGAAUGUCGAGAAGUCUCCAACUCUAAUGGAUGCUUCUCAAGCCUUGAUCGCGAGCGAAAGCUUGCAGCUUUAUCCGGGUAAGCCACAAGUUAUCUGGACAGAAACAAAGGAAGCUAUCGACAAUCGUAUUCGACACCUGAAGCAAGCGACGCCACAACAACAAACUCCACUGAGUGAUGUACUUCAUUUGGCAACGCUCUCCGAGCAGAUUAAACAGGUGCCAACGGAACAACGCUUGGAGGAGGUCAACGACGGGCUGAGAACCUUGGAUGCCGCCAUACGCAGUGGGGAUAAAACCAUUAUACACACCACUGUCAUUACGGUCAUUGAGAAGGUUUCGACUUGGCUGGAAACCAUUGAGUAUCGUGUCUAUUUGAUACGUCAAAACUCCAAUGAAGGACCCUCCGAGCAGAAAUUGAACAAUUACACCACGUUGAACGAGGAAUUGGACACCAUUAAGGAAAAUGUGGUUACCUUGGAGGAACAGCUGUCGGGAGUCGAUAAACCGACAGCUGAGGAGCUGUUGCAAUGUGUGGACACACUCAAGGAACACGUGGAUGCAGUAAGGCAAGUGACACAGCAGAAUCAAGCUCAGGAUAGCAAGGAUCUCGAUAAGUGGCAUAGCUUUGAGUUGCUCUAUCGGGAAGUUACCAUUAUGUUGGAUCAGCUACAGAUUCGCUAUGAGCAGGCUAUAAAUCAAGAGCAUCCGCUGUCGGUGAAGCUAGCGAUGCUCAAUGAGCUGGAGCAACAGUAUGUGGGAUCACAACAACAACUGGGAGAGCUUUUGCAGAGUGCACGCUUUUUCCAACGCGAUUUUCCGGGCAAGAAAAUGCCACAGGAUAUUCACAGUGUCUACGAGGCGAGCAUGAAUAUUGGCAACAACAUCGAAGCGGAGCGUGAUCGUCUGCUCCAAGUGCAAUCCCUGGCCGAGGAGUACGAGCAGACUCUUAAGGAGUUUACCAACAUUACCGUACUAGCCGACAAGAUGGUGGAGAGUCCGAUUGUGUCCAGUUCGUUGGAACUGCUGAACAACGAGGUGCAAAAGCAGCGCAAGUUCUUUGUCAAUCUCAGCCAUUGUCGGGCCAUGCUCGAGUCCCUGGAGGAGAAUAUCGACAGUGAGACAAGGGAAAAGCACUCGGAACUGCACAAGGAACUCUAUCAGAGAGCAACCCAGUUAUUGGAGCGUGCCUCGGAGCGAUCCUCGAAGCUGGUGCAAGCUGCUUCCCGCUGGACUGUACUCGAGAAGGGAAUGCGGGAUGAGCUGCAAUGGUUGCAGGUGGCACAACAACGUGUGCCCGAUCUAUCGGCGGUUACCUCAGCCGACUAUGAUCAAUAUGCCACGCUCUAUCAAUCCCUAAGCAAUGACAUCUCCCAUCACUAUGUGAAAAUGACACAACUCUCGGGAAUUGCCAACAAACUGCAACAGCUCGUCCAGGCGCCCAAUCUCGUAGAGGAAACCAACGAGGCAAUAAUUGUGCUUCUCAAGCUGCGAGAGGAGGUUGCACUCUAUCUGCAUCGCCUGCUGAUCUUCAAGGAGAUCUGGGUGCAGUACGAACAGCAGACGGACAAAAUGGAGGCAUUUGUAAGGGAAGCGGAGCAAGAAUUGCGACAGAUUCAAAUACCAUCGAAGCCCACAGAGGAGCCCAUACCUCAUAUCCGUCAAUUCUGGGAGAUCAAGGCACGCUUUGAACUCCACAACAACAUACGCAAUGAUGCGGGUCACAGUCUAGAGAAAUCCCUGCAGGUUAUCCCUCUGGCGGAUGAGAUGCUGCAGCGUCAGUUCCAUGCCCAACUGGAGGAUCGCUGGCAAGCCGUUGCUCAGGCCAUUGAGCUCAUCCAGCACAAUAUCGUGGAGUGUCUGUCCUCAGAGGAUAUGCCACCCGAUGAGAAACUAAAGCUCGUCGAGCGAGAGUUGCAGGAAAUCUAUCUGACAAUGACCAGCAUGAAGGGUGUCAUCAAGAACGAGGAGGAGCUCAGUCUUUAUAUCGAGAGGGUGCAGGUGCUCCGCACACGCGUUGGCUUCAUUGGCAACGAACUGGGUAGGAUUGGUCUCCAGGAGCCUGCGAUCGAGCCCGAGAAGGUUGGCGAACUCUUCGCUCUCUCCCACAAGAUUACGACACAAAUUGCCGAGGAACUGGAGUUCGCUUCCGUUCUACGGGAUCAGCUCCAAGCCAUCCAUGAGGGCAUCAGCAAUCAACGCAAGCAUCAGGCCAAAAUCUCAGUUAUCCUCGAUGAAUGUGAAUCCGCAGAGCGUCAAGGAGCCGAUGUCAUUGAAAAGGCUGUCGCAGAUUGUCAGGCUGCGGGUGAGGAACUCGUUGCCAGCUGGCAGGAAAUAAUGCGUAUACGCCAGAUGCUCCACACUCUGCCCAUGCGUCUGAAAAUGUCCGUGUCGCCGGUGAAGCUGGAACGUGACAUAUCCCAGCUGCAAGAUGAUCAUGCCUUCCUCGAGAGCAAGUGCACCAACAUUAUGGCCAUACUACGUAACCGUUUGGCAAUGUGGCUACGCUACGAACGCCAGUUGGAACAGGUUCACGGCUCUGUUCAGGAAACGGACUUCAUGAUGGAACUGAUACGUGUCCAUGGUCAGGUUGACUAUGAACGCCUGCGUAAGGCCACCGAGAGAUUGGAGGGUUUGGCUGGCGAUCUACAUAAUCGAGAGCAAUUGCUCGACGAGCUAAAGGGCGCCGCGAAACCGUUAAUCGAAAGCUGUGAUGUGCAGAUAGUUGAACAAAUUGAAUCAGCCGUACAGGAUGCAGUAGUUGCCUGGAAUGAUACCACCGAUAAUCUGCAACAGCUUUGCACACGCUAUCAGCGAGCCGUUGAGCUUUGGGAUAAAUAUCGUAACGCCUCGGCCGCGGUCAAGAGCUGCAUUGAACAGCAAAUGGAUAGCGUCAAGUCACUGGAACAGCCCUUGGAUUCCAUGCAACAACAUGCCAAGGUCUGUCAAGACAACCUCACCACCCAGAAUGACCGUCUGUUGGAGCUGCGGGAUAUUGUGGCCAAAAUAGCCGCCGAUGUUGGCCUAGAUGCGUCAUCUUUGAUGCAAGGCGAAUUGGAUGCGUUGGGUCAACGUUUGGCCGAGUGCAAGGAUGCAAUCACGACGCUGGCGAAUGUGGCCGAGACACAGGAUAAAGAGCGCAAGCAGCUCGACAAGGAGGUGACACAGGCCAAAGUUUACUUCAACAAUGUGCAGCAGGACAUUUCACGUGGUGAGCCGCAGACGCCCAAGGAGAGCGAGGAGCAAUUGGCGGCAUUGCGUGCCCAUUUGCAGACACUUGCCCGCACCGAGGAGCAACUGCGUCAGCUGCGUGAGCGGCAGCAGGACAACAAUCAUGUCUUGACAACGGCGGAUGCAAAUGCCGCCGAUGAUAGCAUAUUGGAAGUGUUGGCCAUGUGGCAGAAGAUAUUCCAGGAUACGUUCCAGGAGUAUCAUCGUCUGUCCACUCGCCUGGCAAGGACACAAAACAGCUCGGAGGCACUGCGCUUGUGGCGUCAAUAUCUGCAGCAUGUGCAAUCCUUCCUGGCCUGCGCAAUACCCGAGGACUACAGCAGUCUUCGGGAGCAACAACAGCUGUGUGCCAUUCACCAGAAUCUGUUGAUCUCACAGCAGAGUGUGCUCUCCGAGACGCCACUGGAAUCGGAGCUGUCCGAGCAGUACAAAGCCCUGACGAAUCUGCACAAUGAAACGCUCUCGAGGAUUAUGCAACGCAAUGAUGAACUGGAGCGUCGUGUGAGCGGCUGGAAUGCCUAUCGCCAGCAGUUGGCAUCUCUGCUCGACUGGCUGCGUCAGCGGGAAGCGGAAAGGAAUGCCCUCCAAUUGCGCUACAUUCAUCUGAAGCGUGUGCCACAUCUGAAGGCACGUCUGGAUGCACUGCUCCUGCAACUGUCGCGGGGUGAACAGCAAAGUGCUGCUCUGAAGGCACAACAGCAACAGUUGCUGAUGUACUGUGAUGAUGCCCUGGCCACUGCCAUGCGUAUGGAACAGGCGAGCAUCAAUCAGAGGAUUAGCAAUCUCCGUGCUGCACUCGAAACCUGGCUGAAUUUCCUGCAACGCAUCAAACAACUCUCGGAGACGUAUGAGCAGCGUGUCCAGCAACUGCAGAUGGAGUUUGAGAAGGCUCAGCAAUUGCUGGACAUUGAUACACUGCCCACACAGCCGGCGGAGAUUGAGCAGCGACUGGGAGCAUUGCGGGCACAGCGUGUCCAAUUGGCAGCUCAGGCUCCAGCGCUCGAGAGUCUCACGGUCAGUCAGGAGGAGCUGAAGGAGUGCAUCAGUCCGCAUGACAUGAAGGCCAUCAGGCAGAGGAGUUUCCUGCUCUGGCAACAGCAUGCGGAUCUCGAUUACCAACUCUCCCUGCUCAUCAACUCCAUUGAGGAGCGCCUCUCACUGCUGUCCAACUACCAGACACGUUAUGCCCGCAUCUCGCAAUGGCUGCGUACCCUCGAGGAGCGUGUGGAGCGUGAUGCCGAUGUGGCAGCCAUGUCCAAUCCCGAACAGGCAGCCAAACAGCUGGAGCAACAGGUCAAUGGUGAACUUCAACUGCGCGAUAAGGAGCGCGAAUGGUUGCUCUCGACGAGUCGGGAACUCCUAACGCUCUAUGCGGAUGCCACGCCCCAAUCGCAGGAGGUUCGCUCCCAGGUGCAGCACCAAAGUGACGCCCUCAUCGAUCGCUGGAAUCGCUUGAAGUUCCUCUGCAAACAGCGUGCCACAAAGAUUGGCGAACUGAAGCAAACAUUGUUGCGUCUGGAGGAGCGCAUUGCCCUAAUCCGUGCCUGGCUCUUUGAGGUGGAGUCCCAACUGGACAAACCGCUGAGCUUUGACAGCUAUACGCCGAAUGUGAUCGAAGCGAAGCUGCAUGAACAUGAGCAAAUCCAGCGUUCGAUUGAGCAUCAUAGCAGCAAUGUUGGCGAGGUUCUCAACCUGGUCGAGAUGCUGCUCAAUGAUGCGGACAGCUGGCGCACCCAGGUCAACACAACGGGUCUGGCAUCAUCUGCCCAAAAUCUCGAGCAGCGCUGGAAGAACGUGUGCAGUCAAUCUGCGGAUCGCAAGCAGCGCAUACUCACCACAUGGAAUCUGCUGCAGGAGCUCAUCAAACUGACCACGGAGCAAAAGUCCUGGCUGGCCAAGCAGGAGACCCAACUCUCCAGCUACGAGCGAGAUCAGAAGUAUGUCAACAAACAGAAGCUGGAGGAACGUCAACAGGCGUUGCGUGCCAAGCUCGAGGAACUCCAAAUUGAGUCCGUGAAUCUUCGCCAGCUGGAGCAGACCUAUGCCAAGCUGACGAGUAGUCCGGGCGUGGAGCCAGAGAAUAUUCAGAAAUUGACACUGCCCACCAAGGUGAUGGUCAGCAAGUGGCGCCAAUUGACGCCACGCUUCCAAACGCUGCUCGAUGCCAUCGACAAGGAUGCCAAGCUGAUGAGGGACUUCAACAAUGCACAACUGGAGCUCACAAAAUCCCUAACGAGCAUUCAAAAGGCGCUGGAACAAAUGCCCAGUGCGGCGGAUGAAGCGGCCAGCGUGGAGCCUCAAGCGGUGUUGCAACGUCUCGAGGGUUUGGAGCGCAAGUUGCAACAAACCGAGCAGCAGGUGCAACAAGCGGAUGCCCUUGGCAAGGAGGCUGAGGUGAGAACGAAACAGCAGCCGGCACAGCUGAAGCAGCUGCUCAAACUCAUCACGGAGUACACCACACUGUGGAAGACGGUGCAAACAAAUCUUGUGACCGUGAAGACCACUUGGAUGACCCGUGCUGCCAAGCAAUUGGCUGGAGCCGUCAGUGAGACACACGCCAGUGUCCAGGUGAAUACGCUAUCCCAGCGAAAGCUGAGGCAAGCUCAGCUGCAGCGGGAGACCUCCAUAACGGCCAAGGAUGCGUACAUCAUGGAACUGCAGACGGCCAUUGCCGAGUGCCAGAGUAAUCUGGACGAACUGCAGCGCACAAUUGCCGACAAGACGAGGAAACCGGGUCCCCAAAAGAUUGCCAAGCUACUAAGCAAUGCUCAAUCCUCCACGGAACUGGUCAAGCAUCUGAGCCAUCUGCUCCUGACCGAAUGCAAUGCGGAUAACCAAGCUGCGCAGGUGGAUACCGUGUCAGAGCUGACGCUGCGCUUCGAAACGCUGCAGUCGCAGUGGAAGGCGCGCCAACAGCACGAUCAAAAUGCAAGUGAGGUCGGCCGACUAACGUGUCCGCUCUGCACGCAACGCAACUGGCAGCAGAUCGACAACGAUCUGUGGCGUCUGGAGCAGUGGCUGCAAUUUGCCGAGAGCACCCAGAAAUCCCAAACAGCGCCGCCCUCAAACAUUGAACUGUUGGAGGAUGUGACGCAGGAUCAUCGCGAGUUCUUGCUGGAUCUGGAGAGUCACAAAUCGAUCAUAUCAUCGCUGAAUGUGGUGGGUGAUCACCUGGCCACGCAUACCCUGGACACGGAGAAGGCUCGACAAUUGCGUGCCCGCCUCGAGGCGGACAAUGAGCGCUGGAAUAAUGUGUGCAUCAAUGCCACCAAAUGGCAGGGAUUGCUCCAAACGGCCCUCAUGGGCAACAGCGAGUUCCAUCAGACCAUCGGUGAGCUCGUCGAUUGGCUGCAGCGCACCGAGAGGAACAUCAAGGCCUCGGAGCCGGUCGAUCUGACCGAGGAACGAUCGAUACUCGAGGGCAAGUUCAACAAGUUUAAGGAUCUGCGCGCGGAACUGGAACGUUGCGAACCUCGAGUGGUUAGUCUACAGGAUGCAGCUGAUCAGCUGCUCCGCUCUGUCGAGGGAUCCGAGGAACAGUCUCAGCACACCUAUGAAAGAACACUUUCCAGAUUAACCGAUCUCCGUCUGCGUCUGCAAUCCCUGCGUCGCCUCUCCGGCAUCUACAUUGUCAAGCUGGGCGCCGUUCUCGGCUACGAGGGCGACAAUCUGGGCGUGCCACUGCACAUGUUGUCAAGUGAGCUUUUGGAUAAUACUACAUUAUCAACCUCUUCUAUGCAGGCCGCCGCACCCAACACAGAAAAUGCAAAUCACAACACCACCACCGAGUGCGAUGCUGCCGAUGGCGAUGUCAUCAAUACCACGGUGCUGGCGCGAGGUGCUCGGUUCCUAGGACGCGUUGCACGUGCCUCACUGCCCAUACAGGCGUUAAUGUUGCUGCUUUUAGGUGUGGCAACACUGGUGCCCCACGGUGAGGAUUACACCUGCAUGUUCUCCAACACAUUCGCCCGCAGCCUGGAGCCAAUGUUGUCGUAUCCCCAUGGACCGCCACCAACAUAAUAAUUAUAAUAAUAAUAGGGUUGUCAGGUUGCCAUUGGAUUAGUGCAAUAAAUUCACAGUCAAAACAGAAACAUAUAACAAACAGAUAACACCAACGAAAAUGUACCAAAUGUAUAAGAACAGAAUCCAACACGAAUAUGCCUUUAACCAGAUAAUAUGAUAUGAUAAUUGAUUAUGAUAUAUGAUACGAUAUAAACUCAGUAUGCAUAUGCAGUAUGUUAACAAAAUUCUUGUACAAGUUGUAAGACGUAAUGUCAUGUAAAUUUUUGUAAUUUUCCACAUUAUUGAAAAGUUGUAUUUUUAUUUUUGUUGGGUAGCUAGAAACAUACUUACAACCAAUACUGUGUACAUAAUGAACUCGACGAGAUGAAACACUAAGAAACAAAAUCAAAUCAAAUUGAAACUAAAUGAAACUAACGACAAGUAACGAAAGAAACACUUUUACAUAUACUUAUAUAUAUAUUAACGAGAUAUAUACAUUAUACAUAUAUAUUUGCACAGCAAACAUUUAACAUUUAUAUAACUAUAUAAAAUAUCCUUAUGCCCAAAAAAUGAAUGAAACUAUAUAGAGAAGCCCAACAUUUUGUAUAUAAUAUUUAAGCUGACAGACAAAACGAAAUACGCACACACGAAAUUUUUAUACUCAGUUUUCGCACGUUCAUCUAGCAAUCGGAGAGUCUUGAGAUUUUAUCCAAAUUUCGUGGAACAUUUUUGGAUAGAACUCUCUCGUCUCAAGCUCAAGUUAGCUGACUAGCCAUAAGACAAACCAUGACCCACAUAGACCAAUUGCCUGGUUAACUAUUUAAAAGUACAAUUUCUCAUUGGGAAGCUGCACGUUCAUCUCCCAAACUCAGGACGUUGCAGCUGCCCCAGCGAGAUUGGACUUUUCAAUAGCUCACCUGGCGUUUGACAGUCAAUGUUGCCAGAGAGUGAGAGUUUCUCUGCCAUAAGCCAAGCUCUCUCCCACGGCUUAUACGGCAGAAGUUCCUCUUAAUACGCACCAGCCACAGGUGACUCUCUUCCAUCAACCAUGGGCAGCAUUGACUUUCACACCUUUAAGCAUUCCUAUACUCAUUUCCAAAAUUCGUACCAUAGACAAAAAAAAAACAAAGUAUAGUUAGCUAACGGUUGAGCUAUAACCAUUGCUGAAGAAUGUGCGGAACGGGAGGAUUGAUCAAAAAAACGAAGCAAGUGUCCUAUGCUGGUGCUAAACCAAAACUAUAAAAAUUGAUUUUCCUAACUAAGAAAAUUGUCGAGUUGCGUAACAGAAAAAAGUUGAAAAAAAUCGCAAAAUAUUGCAAACGAGUAAAAUGUUGAAAAAUUUGCAUAUAGAAAUGGAAUAAAGUUAUCCAUCCAGUAAGAAAAAAAAAUGAAAAGAAAUCAGAACUAUAAAUCUAAACUUUUGUUGUUAAUAUUUUUUGAUAAUACCUAUUCUAUUUGCCUUAUAAAAUAUAUUUUUUAUUAUUUAAUGCCAUCGAGCAAUUAUUGAGAAAAUACAUAAAUAUUUAUUUAUUAAGUUUACACGAUAUACUAUACUUUAAUUAAGUUGAAUUAAAUGUUAAACUUUUGUGUGUUUUGCUGCUUCUGUACUUUAUAAGAUUUCCUUUCUUGUGAACAACUGUACCUUUAUGCAUAUA